GGGGACCUACGUUUGGGGAAAUCCUGGUCCAUUGAAACCGAUCGUUAGUGCUGUAUUUAAGCUGCGCGGCUCGGAGGAGGUGGCCGCUUGCUCCAACGAACUACAGUUCCCAGAAUGCAACGAGCCAACUCGCGCACGCGCUCUCCCCUUGCCCUUUGGCCGGCUUCUUCCCCGCUUACCCUCUGCGCUGUGCAGCUGGGGAGGAGUGUUUCUCGAGUUAUUGAAGCAGCAUGUCCGCUCCCUUGAGGUUUGACGGGCGGGUGGUGCUGGUGACUGGCGCAGGGGGAGGUAAGCAGCAGCGACCUCGAGGGCUUGCAAGGUUGCUUCUUAGUUACCUGCCCGGGUGCAGGUAGGAGGGGGCCGCCUGCAGGGUCUGCAGACGUGGGUCCCAGGCUGCUAGGUGUGUGCUGUCAAUAGUAGGUUGCCAUUUCUUUGCGAGGUUCUUUUUGGGGGGACGAGACUAAAGCUGUGCCCUCUUACCUGGGAGCAAGUCCCACUGGGAUCUGCUUUUGAGUAGACAUGUACUGGGCUGCAAUACAUGGGAUCUGCUUUUGAGUAGGCUGCAAAGAUCUUCUAUGCAUUUAACCCACGUUUCAUUUUUGAGUAGACACUUUUGUACUAGAAGAUCAUUCUAGUUUCUGGCAGUGUCCACGCAGAUUCUUCUGGAAAGCUCACGCACACAGUCUUGUUUGUUCCCAGAAUUUAUUGUUCAGUGAAAUCCUAACCCCUUUUAUAUGCAGCUUCUUUUUUACCUGUUAUGGCUGGCAGGUAUUCAUAGACCGUUUGUGUUGAGAGUGUCAAACUAGAAAUGACAAGACCCAAAAUCAAAUACUCAGUGAUGAAGCUCCCUUUCAGCUACUUCCCAGCCUAACUUGCUUCACAGGACUGUUGAGAGGACUAAAGCAGGGGAGAGGUUAACCACGCUCAUCUCUUUUAUUUUCUCAGAGGAAAACAUAGGUAACGAAAUAAAUAACAACCACUAAUGGCUUUGCUUAUUGCCACAUCGGUUUGCAGUGAAUUACGCAACUUAAUGCUGAAUGUGAUAAUGUAAUUGUUGCUGACACGGGGACUGCAAAAUGGUCCUUUUACCUCCCCACCCUGCAAAACGGCUGUUGUUACAAAAAUGACAAUAAAAAAACUUUGGAGUAAGUUGUUAAGUUGCAAAUCUUUUCAACUUUAUAUUCUUAAAAAAGGUAGGCAGUGUUCCUAACUUCACUUCAGAAUAUUGCCUAGAUCCCUGAGAUUGUGGGUGGGAAUACGUGAGUUUCAAAACCUGCCCACUCACAGAUGAAACAGUUCCCAAGGAAGAUAAUAAACAUGCAUAGCAAGCCAAGCCUCUGUUUUGCAAUAUGUACUGCCACAAACUUAUUGAACCAUUCAACGUGUAGGCGCCCGUAAUGCAAAGUAUUCUGAUUCUAGAGUUAGUACCAGUGUUUUAUCCUUUUUUAUUAGAAUAAUAAAAUCAUCCAGUUGUAUAGUUGGAAGGUAUCAAGGGUCAUCUAGUCUGAGAUUCCUUCAGGAAUCUUAGCUAAAUCAUAUAUGAUUUAAUGACUUUGCUAUCAUAUCUUUUCAGUUAGUAUUAAAGCCAUAUAUCUGAACAGCCAUCUUUUCAGAGUCAAUGAUUACCAGCUUCUAGUAUACAUUCCUGUUACUGCUUAAAGCAUAAGGGACGAUUCACCUCCUCUAUGGGCUAAGUGAGAUCCAACUAUUCAGCCCCACUACCAGGACAUGAGUGGGAAGACUCAGGGAAGAUGUGCCUCCUUUACCUCAGAUAAUAAUAAAUAAUAUUUUUGUUAUUUGUACCCUGCCCAUCUGACUGGGUUGCCCCUGCAACUCUGGUCAGCUUCCAACAUAUAUAAAAACAUAACAAAACAUUAAACAUUAAAAGAUGACUUCAGUGGGCUCCUCUUUAGUAGGCAGAGGGUAAAAUGCAUACGCUUGCCAUACGUCAGGAAAAUUCCUGACAUGUCCUGGUUCUUGGGUGUAAAAAUGGCAUCGGGGGAAUUUUGCCAGGGAGAACCCGGAUGUAUGGCAACACGAUGGGAAAAGCAGCGGGAACAGCUCACUAUUUUGGGGGCAGGUCAACAAUUUGGGUUUGUUCCUAAAAAUAGCUCCACAUUUCUGGGGUCUUCCUAAAAAAAGCUAAACAAAUUUGUGUGUGUCAGGAAUUUUACUUUUUGAAGUUUGGCAACCCUCAAAAGGCAGCACCUGAGAAGACCAAGAAUGAGGGCAGGAAAUGCCACCUAAAUGAUCCUGGCUCUAAUAAGGUACUUUAGUGUUUGUUUUGUGAGCAUUUUUUGUAAGGGACUUUGAGAGCUUCUCGGGGCCAAAAAGUGCACUUAAUCCACAAAGCAUUUCAUGAACUGGCAGGUUUAGUCAUUCAGUUCUGGCUUAGCGUCAGCACCAAGCAUACUGGGACAUUGGAUAGUGCCCAUGUGCCCUGGCACAGCCCGCCAGGGCUGAUGCCUGCCUUGGUGGAUGCCCUCAGUGCCCCUUGAGUCCCUCAAGUGGAAGUGCUGCUAAACAUGCCAAUCUCCUGCUUGUGCACACUUGUGCGCUUACCCAGAAACAGCGGUGACUCUGCUGUAUUGUGAUUUAAUUCUUUAAAGCAUUUCUAAAUUGCUCUUUAUCUUAGGGUACAGAAAUGGCUCGCAGCCCAUUUUGGUGCCAUUGCCACUGGGUAAACCAGUAAAGGAGAGGAGGGCAUUUAUAGCCUAGCUGCUGCAGGGAGUAGAGGCACUGGAGAGGGCUGGUGGCCCCCACCCCUUGCUUGUCCAGGGCCUCCCAAAAUCUAUAGCUAGGUCUGACCCAAUUAAGCAAAUUGCAAUUAAUUGUAUGAGAUUAGUUGAUUCAUUAAUCACCUGAAUCUUACUAAGUUGCUGCAUGAAACUGCUGUAGAUCUUUUUGCACGUGAGGUAUGGGAGUGCAGGUUUGGAAUAAGGAUUCUUGAGCAGGUUGUUCAGCUAAAUAAGCCACGCAAAAGAGGAGUUAGACGAAACCAAGGGAGGGACAUGAAUUGUCCAUAAUUAAUAACUGGCUUGAGAUAUGAGUUUCGUCCAAGUAAAGUACAUUUUGCCAGGGCUUUGUUACCAGCUUUGGCACAAAGAUCAGUUGUGGGAGAAGGUGUCUGUGUAUCAGGCCACUUCAGGUUUGCUAGUGAGUCACAUUAGCAAGUUAUUUGGUGCCCAUUGGCUACACAAACCGUGGUAUAACCAAGAUGCAAGCUUCAAGAGGGGUAACUGUCGCAGCAAAAAGCUCAAAGAGUCUCAUGACACUGUGAAGUCUAACAGACCUAUUGUGUAAUAAGGUUUUUUUUGUUUUUUGAUUAAAAAAAAUUGUUAAUUUUAUUUAUGCAUUUUUCAGUUUACACUUUGCCGUACAUACAUGCACCAUCUUAUCUUACUAUUACCUAGACUUCCCAACCUAUCCCUUUUCUUUGAUUUGCUACAUUACCUUUCUUUUUCUACCUUUUCUAUCCCUACGAUUCACUUACCUUUCCCCCCUGCUUUAUGUCCACUUGAAAGUUUGCUUGAUUCCAUCUCUUUUUAAAUAUUCUUGAAAGCAAUCCCGCUCACUUUUUAUUUUACUGUAUUUUCAUCCCAGUUUCUUAUUUUUGCCAUCAUACUCGUUAGUUCCGCAAAUUCUGUUAAUUUGUGUAACCACUGCUCCUUUGUCGGAGUAAUCCUUUCUUUCCAGUUUUUUGCGUAAACCAUUCUAGUGUCAUAGGUUUUUGCAGACUUCAUUUUGUUUGCUGCAUUUAAUUUCCCACUGAACUCACUGUUUACAGUUCCCCUUGCAUGCACCAUGUGUAUAUAUCCUGAGUUAUAGGCAGUGCUUUUUUCGGUGGGGGGGGGCACAGGGUACACAUACUCCUAAACAUUUUGUGAAUCUAAGUUUGGCCUCAUUGAGGGGCAGUAUUUCAAUAUGAGAAGGAAAAUGAGAGUACCCCUAAACAUUUUUUAAAGAAAAAAGUACUGUUUAUAGGUAUAGAACACUAAAUGCAUCUGAUAAAGUGGACUGUAGCAUAGCUGUCAACUGUCCCUUAUUUGGCGGGAAAGUCCCUUAUCCCAGCGCCGUUUCCCGCUGCUGUCCCUUAUUGAUGAUGUCCCUUAAAUUUCCCGGGUUUCAAAGGAAGCAGAUCCUCUCCCUCCCUCCCUGCCGGCCAGGUAGGAGGGAGGCUCCAACUGUGUUGCUUGGCUGCGUUGCUCACCCAGUAAGGAGUCUAAGAACGACUGGGGGCUGGAGCUUGCAUGCCUUGUGCCGAUCAAAUUGGCUGUGUUGCCUGGGGACUCGCCUUUGCUCAGCGCUUCCCAGAGGAGAGGUGAUGGUGGUUUCCCUUGCUGCAUCCCCUUUUCCGGGUUGCUGCGCAGUGGGAACCACUGCUUGAGGCUUUGUUUGGCUGCUGGCUGGGCUUUCUGCCUUUGGCUCGGAGGGACUCAGAAGUUGAACAUACCUGUGCUUGGAAAAUCCCUUAUUUUGGCUGCUGAUCCCUUAUUUUUGAGGCUGCUGGUCCCUUAUUUUCAAAUCUGUAAGUUGACAGCUAUGCUAUAGUAAUAAGGAACAAAGGAAAAUACCUUAUAUCAAAGCAGAUCAUUGAUCUGUCUAGCUCAAAAUUGUCUAUGCAGAUUGACUGUUGUUCUGCAUGGAGAUGCUCUGGACUGAACCUGGUAUCUUCUACAUCCAGAUAAGAUGCUCCGAUCUAUGGCCCUUCCUGAAAUGUUCAGGAAGUCCACAAAAGUUUAGGCCAUAAUAAAUGAGUUUUUAAAGUUGCACAAGGCUCUUUGUUCUCCAAGAUGCCUAUAAAUGUUAAAGCUGCCAGUGUCUCAAUGCACUUGAUAACUGAAUAGAGCAUUGAUUCUAUUCACAGAGCGUUUGUUGGAAAAACAAGUUCCCACAGAUACGCUGCACUGGUCACUUGCGAAUAACCGAUUCUAAUUUAUAAAUGCUUUUAAGAAACCUUAGAUUUAAGAACACUGCACUACCAACUUAUCUUUUUCAUGGGGGGCAUCUCAUGAAUUAGCCCAACAGUUGGGUAUUGUGGGUUGUUGAAGUUGUGUGUUGCUAUUUUGCUUAGCCAAGUGCCUGUUCAAAUUCGUUUUUGAAGCCACUUCAUUUGUAUGAAAAAGGGCUUCAGGUUCUGUCUUUGCAUUCUAAAAAACUUUUCACAAGGAUCAAUUAUUUUUCCCCACUAAAGUGGCUUUUGUAAUUCAGUUGUCCAUGGGCUCAAGGCUGAAAUAAAAAUAGGAGAAGGACAAUUGGAUUCUGUUACAGUGCUGUUGUGUACAUGUUGAACAAAUGGCCCCUACUGAAGAAAGAGUUUUUGCUUUUAGUGCAAAAUGAGGAAGGCAAUCUAAUGCUCCAGCCCUAAACUCCCCUACCUUGAGAGUAAGCCCCAGGACUUACUUCUGAGUAGACCUGGUUAGGAUUGUACCGUAAGGUUGCAAUCUCAUACCCACACAGUCAGUGGGAUUUCUGUGUAGACAGGCGUAGGAUUGCACUGUAAAUGUAUUUGUUGGCAUCCAUCUGUUUCAAAAGACAAUGGAGUGUGCCUCUGGGGGUGAUCGCUGGAGAAUCACAGCGCCUGCUGCGGCUGCAGAGACUGGUAACUUGUAACUGCUGCCUCUUGUGUUGUUUUUGCUGUGUUAGCAAACUGACCUCUUUAGAGUGUAGGCCUGGGCAGUGUACAUGGAGGUCCUGGGCUGCUCAGAUGGCAGAACCCCUCUCGCGGCCUUGCUGAUGUGGUCCAAAGGAAAGCAGAGCAAUCAUUUGGACGCUGGUGGCGCUGUGGUCUAAACCACUGAGCCUUGGGCUUGCCGAUCAAAAUGUCGGCAAUUCGAAUCCCCGCGACGGGGUGAGCUCCCGUUGCUCGAUUCCAGCUCCUGCCAACCUAGCAGUUCGAAAGCAUGCCAAUAAGUGCAAGUAGAUUAAUAGGCACCGCUGUGGCGGGAAGGCAAACAGCAUUUCUGUGCACUGCUCUGAUGUCGGUGUUCUGUUGCGCCAGAAGAGGCUUAGUCAUGCUGGCCACAUGACCCGGAAAAACUGUCUGCGGAGUGGACAAACGCCGGCUUCCUCGGCCUGUAAAGUGAGAUGAGCACCGCAACCCCAGAGUCUUUCAUGACAGGACUUAAGUGUCAGGGGUCCCUUUACCUUUACCUUUUUACCUGGCUGCAGGAGUUGCCAGAAGGAGGUGUACCAGAUGCCACCCCAACUGUCUUAGGGACUCUGCUCCGGAUUUGUGUAGUGUUUACCCUUUAACCUUUUCUUUUCACAAAGAUGUCUCACAAAGUAGCAGGUACGAAUUUUCCCUCAGGGUUUACUCCCAAAGCCUUUCUCACAAAUGAGUAUAGCCGCUAUUUUGGGUGAAGAUGAACAUACAUUCUAAAGUAUGGUGGCUUGAAAUGAACAUACACCUGCUGUAUGUUCAGAAAACAUAAGCAUCAGAAUAUGUUUUCAAACUACAGUGGUACUUCGGGUUAAGUACUUAAUUCGUUCCGGAGGUCCGUUCUUAACCUGAAACUGUUCUUAACCUGAAGCACCACUUUAGCUAAUGGGGCCUCCUGCUGCUGCCGCUCCGCCAGAGCACGAUUUCUGUUCUCAUCCUGAAGCAAAGUUCUUAACCCGAGGUAAUAUUUCUGGGUUAGCGGAGUCUGUAACCUGAAGCGUAUGUAAGCUGAAGUGUAUGUAACCCGAGGUACCACUGAACUUCCCCCACUACAAUCUCCAUGACGGAGGCAUAUUCUAAAAUGUUCACUGAUGUUAAACUUAAACUUGCAAGGCUACCAUAUUAACUUGGGAAGUAGUAGAUUAAUCUACCAAGUUUAUUUUCCUUCACUCCAUCCAUCUUCCCAGAAUGAACCAUGACUGCCUAAUUUCCUUCUCUACUGCACAGCUUAGUUACAUAGAUUGUUCCAAGUAUUUCUGCAGAUGAAAGGACUUAAGCGAUUAGCUUCUUCUGGGAUAGCCCUCUUGGGAACAAGAUCAGCAAGUAAGCCAGGAGUACUGAUGACAUUCGCUUUGGAUAUCUCUUUCUGAGCCUCUGCUUAAUUCCCUAUAUCAGAUGAUUGCACAAAAAAUGGAUGUGAAGCAACCUCAGAAUAAAUGUUCCUUUUCUUGUUGGGUUAUCCACACACACAAACUCAACUUCUUUUUCAGUGUUUAAACUGUUGAGAUUCUAAAAGAACUUCUUUUUAAUCCCUGGUAGGACUGGGCAGAGCCUAUGCUCUGGCGUUUGCUGAAAGAGGAGCUUCUGUGGUUGGUAAGUUAUUUACUUGAUUUCUUUUGCCAGCAACCUUUGUCAUUUGUGAUUUAAAACGCUGCAACUUGUCCCAGCAACCUUUGCACUUCAUUUAUUUAUCUAUUAGUUGUUGCAUUCCUUUCUUGUGGAGAUCCACUGUUAAGCUUUUCCGUUUUAAUUUCUCUGACCUAGUUUCGAUGGCAAGACAGCUAGGGGCUUUACAUAAUGGCAUACUGGCAUUUGGGUAGUACAUCUUCUUGCCCACAGGCACAACGUGUUUAUGGGGAAUCUGGUGUUAAGUUGGAGUGGUAGCUACUUACUGGUAAGGAAAUGUUUCCUGAAAACAAAAACACUUGCGGUUCCACAACGCCACAUGCAAUAUUUUAGAAGAGUGUUGUGUGUGUGUGUAAUUUCUUUCAUGUCAUGUUAAUGGUGCUCAUGCAACACUGCGGGACUUUAGUGAUUAAUUGACUUGUUUUUCAUAGUUGGGCAACAGCAGCUUCAUGUGAUUCAUUAAAAGGAACCAAGCAGUUCCUGAGUGCGCAUAUAUGCACAUAGGUUAGGAGCAUACUGGAACAUACUGGAAACUCUGGAAUGUGUUUAAUACAUUGGAGGAUAAACCAAGUUAUGGAAGGGUCUAAAGACAACAGCAAUAUAAAAUGUGUGUUAUAGAUUAAGUCCUCUUAGUUUUCCUACAUGCAUGGAAAUGUAUGUUAAUCCCCUUCUGCCCAUUAAAAUAACUCGUUUCUAAUUAGCUAACGACACUUCCAAGGCUUAUUGAACCUUGAAGUAAGCUAGGAAAUAAUAUUGAACUAGGAAAUAAAACUCACUGCAUUCUGAGUAAAUUAGUUCUGAGUGAAAGGCCUAGUUUUGGCCUAAUAAUCACUUGCGUUCCAUCUUGAGUUCCUCCUUCUACUAGUUAGGGCACUUUUCAAAUUGCACAACUUCUAAGUGUGUGUUGAAUUUUCAUGUAGGUUUACAUAAUUUGAAACCUUGAAAUCUGGAGCAAAGCUCUUAACACAUGGCCAGAGAGCUCUUUCAAUGAGUAGCUGUAUAAUUUCCCAGGAUUGCACUUACGGUAGAUGCCUUUUCAAUGCCUGUUUAGCAAGAACAUUUUGAGCUUCGGUUUUAGCGGCAAUGGACAAAAGUUCACAAAUUAGUGCAAAAAAUUAGAAAAUGCAAUAGCGGGAGUGAGUUGAGCAUGUUCCAUUUAACACUCCGCUCUCUGUGUUAAAUUUAGCUCAUCGUAAACUGAUUUGGGUGCAUAGUGGGUUGCAAAUUUGCACCAUGUAUCAUUAACCCUGAUUAGGGUUUGCUUCAAACCAUCGUUUAUGAUUUUGGUUUGGAAGACAACCAUAGUUAGGCCAUUUGAACAUCACAGCAAACUGCAGUCAGUGCUAAACAGGAAAAUGACAGGGAAGGAAAAUUGGAGGAAAAGGAGGUAAUGUCUGAGGGGAUGGUAAUUUGAUCAUGAAUUGAGUCAGUGACAGAAGGGUCGGUGGCGCUGAAUUAAGGCACGGAGAACAUGUUUUUCAAAUGUUUAGGUAGCUCAGAACUAAGCAGAAUUUCAGGCUUCAUUAGCGAUGUAGCCAGGAAUUGCUAUCCUAUUUGCUAAUAGCAGUGGGCAACUCUAGCAGUUUAUAAAUGGCAAUUAGGAAAAUAAUAUAUAUCACUCAUAUUUUUCUACCAAGCAGCUAUUCUGUUUUGCAACUUGCAAAUUUACAAUACAAUCUAAAAUUCCUGUUUCGCAUUGCAAACUGCAUGUUGCAGCCAGGGCUUUCUUCCACUGCCACAGCUCCAACAACCAGUGCGACAAGCUGUUUAAACCAAGCAGUUGUCAAAGCAGCUACAGCACAAACUGCUCUAAAAGCUUCAGAAAUGUGUGCAGUUCCUUUUCAUUUUAGCUAACAGCUGCUCUGAAUUACAGCUUUUAUUCUGGAAGUGGUUAAAGUUGUUUGAAAUGCGAGCCUUCGUUAUUUUCAAUGUAAGAAUGUUCAAAACAUACUCAAAAACAGAGGCUUUGCAGCACUGUUAGAACAGAAGCCUAGUGAACCAAACCUUAAACCCUUCUUAAGUUGGCGUCGUAUUUUGUCCUUGUGAUUCUCAAGUCUUUCCACCCACUUCAGUCUAGUUUAACAUGAUACACUUCCAAACAAUUGUUAGCCUUUGGGAAAUAAUCCUAGACAUUUGCAGCAGAGACGACUUGGAGAUCUAUUGCUAUUACCCCAGGUCCUGCCUUUAAUGCCAUAUGUUUUCUGCAUAACUGUCAAUGUUUUAUAAGUGGAAGACCAGAACACUGCAAAUAUAUUCAGCGCAUAGUUUCUAUAUACGCAUAGUUCAUUUGUGAGUUGUACAAGUCUCCGUCUGAUGGCACGUGAGGCCUUGCAGUACUUAAGCAAGUCUGGGACUGGUUAGUGCCUGGUUGGGUAACAGCUGGGAAUCUCAUGUAUACAGCCUUGGGGUCAGUGAUGGAAGGCAGGUGGCACCAUAAACAUAAAAAGGAAAUAAAUAAAAUUAGUCCUUCAAUGUGGGUUUCCAGAGAUGCCAAGUAUACAGACCCUAUAUCCAUGAAGGAGCAUCUCCACCCCCAUGGUUCAGCCCAGACACUGAGGUUCAGCUCCGAGGGCCUUCUGGCGGUUUCCGUCAAUGUAAGAUUACAAGAAACCAGGCAGAAGGCCUUCUUGGUAGUGGCACCCUCCAAGUGGAAUGCCCUGCCAUCAGAUGUCAAGGAUAUAAGUAACUAUACAACCAUUAGAAUACAUCUGAAGGCAGCCCUGUAUAGGGAAGUUUUUAAAUGUUUUGCUAGGUUUUUGUAUAUGUUGCAAGCCGUCCAGAGUGGCUGGGGCAACCCAGUCAGAUGGGUAGGGUACAAAUAAUAAAAUUAUUAUUAUUAUUAAGAUGGCUACUUGAAACUGGCACGAAACAGAAAUAUAAUCCUUGCCUGUCAGUCCAUCUGUCUAUCAGCUACAGAGCUUACUGCUCUCCCUUACAAUUAAUCAUUACCCAUUUUGACAUUUGGAAUGCUAAUAGAGAUAUGCAUGUUUAAGCCUCGUGCAAGCAAAUAACCACCCACCCCUUCACUCCCAGUUUUUGAUGUUAGAAGUAUAUGUAAAAAUAGGAACAUUCAAUAAAUCUAUUCAUUAAACAAUAAAAAUGGUACCCACUUAUAAUUGGUAUCUUUCUGCUGUUAGGUCAUAGGAAGAGCCCUUAAAUGAGUUUGACUAGAGGUCUGUUCGUUGUCUCCUGUGAAGUCUCCUUUUUUAGCUUUUGCGAUCUGAGCAUGUAUUGGAGCUUCCUCUGACACGACUUUCCUUAUUUCAGCUUCAAGGCUACUGCAGAAUGAAUUUUGCUGUGGGGGGAAAAACAGGGUGUGAAAUCAAGAAUUAAAACUGGCAAGGCUUCCUCUUGCAAGCUCUGUUACGGAGGACAUUAAAUCUUCUCGGUCUCUGGAAACCGCUUUGAUUUUUUUUUUGUCAUCGCAUUAGAGUUGGCAGUCUCGAAGCCUUUUCUGUUCCCCUUAGUAGCGAUAGCUGUGCUUUGACCAAAGGCAGUAUGAUUCUGAAUACCAGAAUGCAGUCCUAUACCCUCUUACCCACUGAAGUCAAUGAGACUUGCCUCUGAGUAGACAUAUAUAGGAUUACACUGUAAUUAAAUUUGAGAUACAGACUUUUUUCUUCACUCUACCCCUCUCUCCUCUUCUUCUUUCACAACUGAAAAGAGUGAACAAUACAAUCAGAACUUUAGCUUACUGUAACAUUCUAUAAGGGACGUGGGUGGCGCUGUGGGUUAAACCACAGAGCCUAGGACUUGCCGAUCAGAAGGUUGGCGGUUCAAAUCCCCAUGACGGGUUGAGCUCCUGUUGCUCGGUUCCCUGCUCCUGCCAACCUAGCAGUUCGAAAGCACAUCAAAGUGCAAGUAGAUAAAUAGGUACCGCUCCAGCGAGAAGGUAAACGCCGUUUCCGUGCACUGCUCUGGUUUGCCAGAAGCGGCUUAGUCAUGCUGGCCACAUGACCCGGAAGCUGUGCGCCGGCUCCCUCGGCCAAUAAAGUGAGAUGAGCGCCGCAACCCCAGAGUCGGUAAUGACUGGACCUAAUGGUCAGGGGUCCCUUUACCUUUUACCUAACAUUCUAUAGGUUUCCCUUACAUUUGUUGUUUUAUGCAAUUCUAGCUGCUAUCAUCUGUGGAGAUCUGCAACUCACAUACCUCACUAGAGAUCUCAGUCUGUGUAAUUUGUCACAUGCAUGUGAUUCCGUUUACUGUUGGAUCAAAGAUCAGUCUCCCUUCAGUAAAUUUGUUUGCGAACACCUGGCUUAAGGUUGUGCUACUGUGCUCCACUUCUCAUUGGUGAAUCUGUAUUCUUUAUUGGUUUCUAACAUGGUCCACUUGGAAGUAAGUCCUAUUGAAUUUAGUGGAGCUUACUCUCAGGUAAAGUAAGGUUGGGAUGCAGCCUUAGCCAACACUUAGGCUAGUAAAAUGCUUUUAAACAGAUCAUGAGGUGUCUGCAUAAGGAUAUUAAUUUUAUGCUAUCCCCUGAUUCUGUGUAUUUUUCAGAACAAAUUUUUAUGGACACCUUUUUAAUGUACUUCAUUAACCCUGAAGAAUUAUUGAACACAGUGGCAAAUUUUAAAUUGCAUUAUUUAGUUUGACCACAUGGGGGUAAUCCUACUUCAUAAAUACGAUAUAUAUACAUAUCUACAAGCACAAUUUGCUUUCCUUUUUGAGCUCUCCAAGAUGAGCUGCUUUGCAUUAUUAUUACGUAACCUGGAUUUUCUGCAUGCUCUUGUUAUAUGUCUGAAAAUAUGCAAAUAAUCCAUGCAUGUUUCUUACAGUUCAAAAACGCUGAAUUGCAAUGAUGAAAAUAAAACUCUUUCUGCCUGGCUAUGAAGUCUAAUUAGUGCGCUGCAGGGGAAGAAAAGAAAAAGAUUUUGCAGAAUAACUGCAUACAUCCAUGAUAUUGGGGGCUCCUGUUUUAACUACUGAGGGUGCUUUUUAAACAGAGACUGCCAAUAGAUGGCCUUCAUACGGUCCUGAAAUACUUUCGCUCACCCUGUAAGCUCUUGUUGGGUUUCUGACAAUUUUAGCUCAAAGUUUAUAUGUAGUCUUAGCCUUCCCUGUUUGCACAGGUAUCCAAUUACAGAAAAGCUCCCUGUGCCAGAAACAUUACAUUAAAUGUCCCAGAGUCAUCUGCUCAUGAUUUUUCAGUCUAGGAAGUGUUAGUUUAAAUAAAGGACAUGGAACCUGUGACCCUCCUGAUGUUGUUCGACUCCAGUCCAAUAACAUCUGGAGGACCGCAAAUUCCUUAUGCCAGAUUAAAACUUAACAUUGGCAGACUAAAUGCGUACUUAUUCUGACCCAUAUAUAGUGGUACCUUGGUUCUUGAACUUAAUGCAUUCCAGGAGUCCGUUCGACUCCUAAAACCGUUCAAAAACCAAGGCACGGCUUCUGAUUGGCUGCAGGAGCUUCCGGGUUUGCGGCAUUCGGGAGCUGAUUUGUUCGACAACUAAUCCAUUUGGGAACCAAGGUACCACUGUAUAUUAGGUCUGGCUCACACAUCUUGAUAAGCAUGACUUUCUGGCAUUUUUGCACAGUCGUAGUUCCCAGUGGGGAGCUCACUCUUGCUUUGCUCCGACCCCUGAACUUUUUUGUUGUUGUUUAGUCGUUUAGUUGUGUUCAACUCUUCAUGACCCCAUGGACCAGAGCACGCCAGGCACUCCUGUCUUCCACUGCCUCCCGCAGUUUGGUCAAACUCAUGCUGGUAGCUUCGAGAACACUGUCCAACCAUCUUGUCCUCUGUCGUCCCCUUCUCUUUGUGCCCUCCAUCUUUCCCAACAUCAGGGUCUUUUCCAGGGAGUCUUCUCUUCUCUUGAGGUGGCCAAAGUAUUGGAGCCUCAGCUUCACGAUCUGUCCUUCCAGUGAGCACUCAGGGCUGAUUUCCUUCAGAAUGGAGAGGUUUGAUCUUCUUGCAGUCCAUGGGACUCUCAAGAGUCUCCUCCAGCACCAUAAUUCAAAAGCAUCAAUUCUUCGGUGAUCAGCCUUCUUUAUGGUCCAGCUCUCACUUCCAUACAUCACUACUGGGAAAACCAUAGCUUUAACUAUACGGACACAGAAUGGCAACUAUGCCAAGGUUUAGCUUAGAGUGUCAUCUAACCCCAGAGUCAUGGUCAACAUACUGUAGGAGCCAAUUCCUAGGGGCCCAGGUCCCUUCGGCCUUCUGUAAUAAAAUAUUUGAGGGCCCUGGGUCUCCCCAAAGUUGAUGGGCAUUGCCAUUUAAAUGCUGUAGGUUGCACCCCAACAUUCGAUCAAUUAUGUGGGGCGGGGAUUACCUCCCCCCCCAAUAUUAUAUUUAAGUUGGCACUGCUGAUCUUUAAGUCUGGCCCUACCCUAAGUUGCAGCAGCUGGUCCUAAUUCUCAUUACAAUCUUCUCUGUUUGAUAACCAGUGAAUGAUCUCGGAGGUGACUUCAAGGGACAUGGAAAGAGCUCGUCAGCUGCUGACAAUGUUGUUGAAGAAAUCAGAGCCAAAGGUGGAAAAGCAGUGGCCAACUAUGGUAUGUUUCUCCCCUCUCAUCUCUAUCCCGCCUCUCCCCUGCCCAAGAAAACACAUGCUGACAAAGCUACUAUUUCUAACGCUUGAAAUAUGUAAAUCCAGGUGAGGUUCUUAGAAGGGUCUGACAUUUUUGGCAAAAUUAUAUAUAAUCAUAAAUGAAGUUUUAAAUGACUAUUGCACGAUUAGUGGUUUCCUAGAAUUUUGCUUGCCAAUUGUUCCUAAUCUCAGAACUGAGGGGAAAAGUUUGGGAAUUAUUGUCACCCAGCUGAAAGGUUAAGAGUACCCAAUAUUAUUGGGUCUGCUGUGACUAGGAAGUCAGAAUGUGGAGCCAUGAACGAUAAGCCCACACAUUUUAGAAGGAUUUGAAGUUAUGCGAUUCAUUGCGGCUAUGUAAGUGUGAUUCACUUUCCAACAAUUAUUGUUUUUGCAGCCAGUGCUGUUCAGAAGCAUGCUGUACGCUGUUGCAUUAAAUGAAGACGUACACGUUUAGCUUACCUGGGGCAGGUCAUGAAGGCUAAUAUUUAUGCUGAGUCCUUAAAUGGUAGCUCUGUUUCUUUAUUCUUUAAGCAUCUGUGUGCUGCUUCAUUGUGAUCUAUCUGGUAAUUUCUUAGUGGCCAUGGGAUGAGCGUACUGUUCUCUAUUCGCAGCGCAUGCCGCUGCCUUUUGAAAGUGGUUUCCAAUCUUGCAUUUUAUAAAGGCUUAAGUCCACACACAAAUGUAACACACAUAUGACAUGCAUGUAUUUACCUGCAGCUCCCAUCUACCUGCAUAGACUAUGGCAAGCACUAUGAAAUGCAUGCGCAACUGUGUGAUGUAGGCUGACCCUUGUGUCAGAAGAACGUCAGAAAAUAACCUGCAACGUGUCGUGAAAUUUAUUGAUUCAUGUCCUUCUAGCUUCAAGGCACAGCCAGGAACCGAAGAUCAUGGUCUGGUGCUUUAAAUGAGCUUAGUGUUUUACCCAUCUGACACAUGCAAUUAUCCUUAGAUAAUAAAGCAAUAUAUUGCUUACUUGACUACAAUUCCCAUCAUCCCUGACCACUGGUCCUGCUAGCUAGAGAUCAUGGGAGUUGUAGGCCAAAAAAAUAUCUGAAGGAGCGAGGUUGAGGAAGCCUGCUUUAGAUUGUGAUGUCUGAAGCCCAGGCAUCGGGAGAUAUUUGAUGCAUUAAAAACCACUCAAAAUGCUGCUUGUUCCCACAUUUAAGCCUUUUUUUUUUUUUGGUUCAGGGUCUUAAAUAUGUGUUACCUUCCAAGGACAUGUGCUCAUACAGUGGCUUGGAUCCAGACAACAGCAGUACACAUUGUGCCAUACGCAAAGCAGGGUUUUUUCCUGCUCCAUACCCCCUGGUGCCUCUCUGCAAAUUUACUUCUGAGAGCCAGGAGACCCCCCUGGAAUGGCAUGUGCCGGAGAGGCUGCAGCUGGGAUGGGUAUUGGCGCUUCCUGCUAUGAACAAGCAGAAGUGGCUUCCACUCACCCAAAGGGCUCAUAGGAUCUAAGGCGGUGUUUUCUUCCCCAUUUCGGCUAUUGGGUCUAUCCACAGGCAUCUAUUUGUGAGCAUAAUGUCUCUGGUAAUUAUGAAUGCAGCAGGAAGAAAUCGCAGUAGCUGCAGUUGCAGGAGUUACUGCUGUCUAUGGUAAUCAACUUGUUCAUGCAAAUGCAUAGCCCAGAUAGUUUGUGCGUGAGCAAAAUUUGACGUGUAAUGGCCUCUAGGGAUCACAUUCAGGUUUUCUAGUGUCCUGCUUUCCACCAGCAUGGGUGUAUUCUAUCUAACUAGAAUAUUCUCAUUGGUGAUUGAGGUUUAAGUUCUUUUUCUAUAACUUCUUUCUGCAGAUUCAGUGGAAGCCGGCGAGAAGCUUGUGAAAACUGCACUGGAUGCUUUUGGGAGGAUAGGUAUGAUUUUUUUUUUUUUAAUGAGACAGGGUGCUUCUGUCCUAAAUGGAGGUUUAGGACAGACUUAGGAGGUUAGCUCCCACAUAGCUGCCCUGAUCUUUCAGAUGCAGCUCAUGAAAAGGCUUCUGUAUCCACUUGAGUGGUGGACAGCUGCAUGAAGGCAUCCUUCUGUCAUCAAGAGCCAACCAUCCUAUUGAUGAGAAGAGGGAGGAUUUCAGCUCACCUGGAGCACCAUGUGGGCAUCAGGGCAUUUGAGGAGUCCUGUCCUGAAGCUACUGUGAUUAGGGCAGGACUGUUAAUCUCUUACUCAUUAGGGCCCAGCCAUGUACAUUUUUGAAUGUCACUAUGGACGCGGGUGGCGCUGUGGGUUAAACCACAGAGCCUAGGACUUGCCGAUCAGAAGGUCGGCGGUUCAAAUCCCCAUGACGGGGUGAGCUCCUGUUGCUCGGUCCCUGCUCCUGCCAACCUAGCAGUUCGAAAGCACCUCAAAGUGCAAGUAGAUAAAUAGGUACUGCUCUGGCGGGAAGGUAAACGGCGUUCCCGUCCACUGCUCUGGUUUGCCAGAAGCGGCUUAGUCAUGCUGGCCACAUGACCCGGAAGCUGUACAACGGCUUCCUCGGCCAAUAAAGCGAGAUGAGCGCCGCAACCCCAGAGUCGGCCACGACUGGACCUAAUGGUCAGGGGCCCCUUUACCUUUACACAGAUGCAUAAAACGGCAAGGCAAAGUUUUAUGGCGCCACUUUAAAAUACGUAAGGAGUAUUGAAUUUGAAUUAACUCUCUUUUUCACAUUGCAACAGCAUUAUAUAUUCAUGCUAAGUUGUCUGGCGGCCUGAACCUUGGACUUGCUGUUCUAGCAAAUGCUUAGGAUAGCAAGCAUCAGCAUGUCCUUGUCCUUUGUUUGAGAGGCAUUGCUUCAUUUAGAUAUGCAAGUGCCCCUGAAUUUGAAUGAGGCUGUUAGGCCAGUUACGUUCCAAGAAGCACUUUCGUUUGCCCAAAUUUUAGUAACUGUUCAUUCAUUCCAAACAAAAAUGUGGGGCGUUCUUUUCUCUCUUGCCAGUCUGUUACAAGUGGCUGGGGCAACCCAGUCAGAUGGGCAGGAUACAAAUAAUAAAAUUAUUAUUAUUAUAGUAGUUGUUGUUGUUAUACCAACCUGAUGUGCUGCAGCCAGAGACUGGAGUCACUUCCAGCCUUUAACAAGUGCAAGCAUUUUGCAUUCCUGAAAUGUACGCUCUCUGUGUCUCAGGACUGGCCAGAUUUGCUAAAGGCAAAAUUAAAUGCAACUCAAGUAGUAGUGAAGAUUUUAGCAUGCAUAUCAAAACUAUGUAUAGCGAGUAUAUGUCUAUAUAACAUUUUGUGUGCAUUUAUUUUGCAGACAUACUUAUCAACAAUGCUGGGUAAGUAGAUCUGACCGACAAAAACUUUUUCUUCUGCCGCAGAUUCAUGACGUUGUGAUGAUUUUGCCUCCUUUUCUUCUAUUUAGGAUACUGAGGGACCGUUCAUUCGCUAGAAUUAGUGAUGAAGACUGGGGUGAGUUGACUAAGUAACAAAGCUCAAUGACAUGGAUCAGUGGUGGGGAACAGAAUCUGGUCGGUGGGGCAUAUCAUUAUCUCCCAACACCCUCCCCCCAUGUUUGACAGGCGGGUGGACCAGCCACCUGUCGUGGACCAGCCACCUGUCAAUCACCUGAUGCAACAGUGACAUCAGGUGACCCAUUUUUGCCCACAUACUUUGAAAUGAAACAGUGAGGCUGAAGGCACAGCCUGCAAAGUGCCAAAGGUCAGCUGAUCACUGGGCAUUAUGAACCCCAGUGCACAGUUCUUCAUAAGACCUGAUAAUCUUCUAGUCUUUAGCACAGAACUUUCCAGGUGUUGUUGAUCAUCAGUACCUGUAAAUUCCUUUCAGCUGAGCCAUAUAUUUACCUGCCCCACACCUGAUGUCAUAUAUAGUGUUGGGUUUGGCUGAAAAGACGUUGUAGGCCAAAUGGGAAGCUUUGGUGGGCCUAAUUAAACUCACAGACUGAAGGUUCAUCCUGUUGGCUUAGAUCCAAACUGAGGUUCCAUUGAUGGAGCAGAGCAGAGUUCCACUAAUAGGAUCCUUUUUCCAACAGAAGCUAUUAUGGUAGUUUUUGCAGAUCUUACAUUUACUCUGCAGACCCUUUGAAAAUCUGUUCUGGAUUGUUGGGGGACCGACCGUAGCUGCACGAGAAGUGGCACAGAGGGCUAGUCAGACUCCAGGCCAUUGUUCCAAAGAAAAGCAUCCAUAUUGCGCUUUAGAAUUGACCUCUUUCACUCAUUCAGGAAACACAUGCAUUAAACUGCUUGAAUUCCUUCUAGAUAUAAUUCACAAAGUUCACCUGAGGGGGUCUUUCCUGGUAACCCGAGCUGCAUGGAACCAUAUGAAAAACCAGAACUUUGGCAGGUGAGUAGAUUGGAUUGGUCAUUGAACAUACUGCCGGAGGGAUCCAAAACUCUGUUGAAUUAAUAAGAGUUAAAGUACUCUGUGGUUAUGUUACCACCUGUUUCUCUGUAAAAUCCAUGAUACUUUAAUCUUAAAAUAAGAAAAGAAUUCAUCUUUCCUUUUAAAAAGGAAAAAGAACCCUAAGGUGGUAGACAACCAUCAAAACCAUGAUGUAAUGGUUAUUAAAUAUAAGCAGUAAUAGUUGUUGUUGUUCAAUAAUACUAACAAUAAUGCUUAAUAGCUGUAGAGCACUUGCAUGUGAGGAACCUUGAACACUGGUAUUAUCUAGUUGUCCUCCAUACAACAGCCCCCUAAGGGAUAGCCAACAUAGUCCCUUCCAGAUGUUAUUGGACUACAAUUCUCAUCCCUGCCCAUCGGACAUGCUGGUGUAGGAAUGAUGAAAGUCGGCAACAUCUGGAGAGCACCUUCUUGGCAACCCCUGUACUAAGGUUAGCCAAUAUUAUUGCCCCAAAUAGCCAGGCAGGGGCAGGGGGCUGAGUGAGAAUAAAUUUGCUAUGAGCAAUCAUGGUAACAUACCCAAAUGUCUCUCUUAAUCACUGCCAUUUCAAUAGUUUGUGAGACUCUACCCUGAGAUAAUCAGGGUUUAUUUAAGGAAAUCAGCCCUGAGCUCACUGGAAGGACAGAUCCUGAAGCUGACUCUCCAAUACUUUGGCCACCUCAUGAGAAGAGAAGACUCCCUGGAAAAGACCCUGAUGUUGGGAAAGAUGGAGGGCACAAGGAGAAGGGGACGACAGAGGACAAGAUGGUUGGACAGUGUUCUCGAAACUAUGAACAUGAGUUUGACCAAACUGUGGGAGGCAGUGGAAGACAGGAGUGCCUGGCAUGCUCUGGUCCAUGGGGUCACGAAGAGUCGGACACAACUAAACGACUAAACAACAACAACAACCCUGAGAUAGCAGAAUAUCUCCUAUUUGCUAGUCACUAACUUGCACUUCCAAACCUUGCUAAAUGACUUGGCUGUUCUCUUACUAGAUAAGAGGGGAAAUCAUUUUGCCUGGUGCUGUUUGCUGACUUGCCCUAUCACAUUACAGGAUUCAUCUCCCUUGCUUUUACUGGCCUAUUCCCCUUGUCCCCUUUCAAAGUGUUUUCUGCCAUGACACAUUAAUGCAGGAAUUCACUGCAUUUUGUUUUCCAGAAUAAUUAUGACUUCCUCAGCUGCUGGGAUAUAUGGCAACUUUGGCCAGGCAAACUACAGUGCUGCCAAACUUGGUCUUUUGGGUCUUGCGAACACACUUGCAGUCGAAGGCAGAAAGUACAACAUCCAUUGCAACACCAUUGCUCCCACCGCAGGAUCUCGGCUAACGCAGACUGUCAUGCCUCAGGGUAAGCAAUCUAAAUAUUAGCAAAGUGGCUGAUUUAAUAUCACAGAACUGCCCAUCUGCUUUUCUGUUCCUGACAUUUCUUCCAUUUCAGGUGAGCUUUGGCUGUGUCAUUAAAUCACCGAAACGGUGGCAAAAUUACAAAGGAUCACACAGUCAAAUGUUUUUCCUUUUUCCUUUUCUUUAUUUGUUAUGUUAGUAAUAUGCCACUUCUCCUCUAAGGAGCUCAAAGUGGUGUACAUAAUUCUCCCCAUGUUAUCCUCACCAAAGCCUUGUGUGGUAGGUUAGACUGUGAGUUGUUGACCGGUCAAAGUGACCUCAUGGCUGAGUGGGAAUAUGAACCCAGAACGCUAACUACUGUUCCACACUCUGGUGUGUCCCUAACUACCCUGAAUCAAAAGCAGACUAGAACUUCAAGUUUUGAAAUGUUAUUUGUUUUGACUGGUCCCCAGCAAGUUCAGAUUUUUUUGAAAAGAAGGAGAGAGAAAAAGAAUGGAAAAAAAUGUAACAGAGAAUAGAUCUACCUUUGGCUCUUCGUCAUAAUAUUUAAAAUCAAAAUUCUGGACCUGGUCGCUUAACUUUGGGUGCUAAGAAAUUUUGCACUAGCUGCAUUUCUGUUUCUCUUUUGCGGUAAUGAUACCUUUUCCUGGAUCACUGGAAAAGCUAUUGUUGGCAACACAGUGUCUGGGAUUUAAUGGAACUGUAAACUAGAUUAAACUUUUAGUCUAGUCCUUCAAGGAGCAAAGAGAUGAGCUGAUUCCAGUUUCCCUAGAUUUCAAAGGGAACAAAUUUAUGUAACUCACUCACCGUAAGUGCCGCAUAAGACUUUUAGAGAAGCACAUGCUUUUAUUUUUCCAAACAACAACUGAGGAACAACUCAAAACUUAUUUUCACAAAGCAUGCUGGGGAUUAAAUAGGUCUAGGCUCAGUAAAAGCGAGGCCUGAGAAAAUUUCCUGCCCCCCGUUUGGAGACACGCCUCUUUUGACCACCUCUUGCCUGGCAGUGAUGGAUUUGACUGCUUCUGUAUGAGACCACCAGUGCUGCUGAUUGUGGUGUUUUCAAAGCAACUUCCGUUUGCUUCAUUGCAUGAUGCUUGCGAUACUGGGAUAGAUGUGCUUGUGUGUGAAGCUCACUUUAAUCCUGUAUCUUCAUAUCGUUCCUCUUGUCUUCCAAAGACAAACGCAGACCACUAAGACUCAGAAUCAAGCUUUUGGUCUUUGAUGUGCUGUCACUUGGACUUACGCAUAAAGCGCAAUGUUCUGCAUUGAUGCACUUUGGAAAUAGUUCUUCAAUGAGCGAUUCAGCCCAGUGGCUGCUGCAAACCUUCCAAUAUCUCCCUAUUUUAAAAAUAAUAAAUAAUUUCACCACUUUUAGCGGUAUUGUUUCAAGCACAUCCACAAAUGCAGCAUACAGUGCCUCUUAUGAACCAGUUGCAUGAUCCAUUAGAACAGGCAUCCGUUUCUGGGGCCUAAUGUGGCCCACCGGUUGGUUUAAAUCCGGCCCCUGUGGCAGUUUAUUUCCCCAGGGUAAAAUCCUAAAAAACGCUCAACAACUUCAAUCCUAAAAAAGGUCAACAACUUUGGUUGGCCCUCAUGCAUGUUCACUUCAUCAAAUCUGGCCCUCUUUGAAAAAAGUUUGGAUGCUCCUACGUUAGAAGAAAGCAGUUAAAAGCUUCCCAUCUGAUACAAGCAAAGUUAUCUGCUCAUAAAUGGGGAGAAAAGACUGUUCAGGACAUAGUGUGCGAGAUUCACCCUCCUGAAUUGUAGCGAGCUACAGUUGUAUCAUCUUUAACUGGAUAUGGCUUUCCGCCUGUUUAUGGCCUUUGUUCUAAUGCAAGGAAGCAAUAUGAGAUACAACGGCAUUUGUGAAGUCCCAGUUCCCUUUCUCCCCCAACUCCUAAAUAUAUUAAUCUUGGAGUGUUACUUUGUCAUCUUCUUCCACAGACAUUCUUUUAGUGUCCUACACAGACUCCCAUUUCAUUUCUGAUUAAGGUUAAAGUUGACAUUUACUUGAGUGUACCCGGCGUCGACAUCCACCUCUUAAGUGCUCAGAAAAAACUGUGCAUGUUUUAUAAAAAGUAGAUGCCAACAUUUUUGUUCAUCACUCAACUUAAUGCCACAUGGGUGACUUCUAAUGUGAACCUAUAAGGGCCAGCAUAAUUUAUGUGAGCACCAUGUUAUUGAGUUUUUAAACUGAAAUUUCAGUCUUCAGCAUGCGUUCCUCCAAAGUGACAGCGGAGGUUUUAGGGCAGUGCGACUGCUUCCCUCCCACUGGGUGCUGAGUGGAGGGCACCCCAUGAGCACUUGCCUGGCUACGGGAAGAGCUGUAAUGGCUCUGACAGGGUCCUUGAGUCCUUCCACCUUCUUCCCAAAGCCUAGUUAGUUCUUGCCCAGCUUUGGGAAGGAGGUAGAUGGACUUUGAACCCUGCUGGAGCCUUCAUGCCUCCUUCCCAAAGCCUGGCACGGCAGGAGUGUCGUGCCGUCUCCAGAGGAGGAAAAACUUAAAACACGUUGCAGAGUUUCUAAGAAAAAAGAUCAAAGGCAAUUGUACUUCAUCCAGCAGAGCUUUACUGCUACUGAAGGCAAAUGAGCACAAUGGUCACAAAUCCAGUACAUUCAGGAUUGGCAGAGUCUAUAAAAAUCCAGUUGCAGCUCUUACAAUAAAACUUAGAAUACUUAUAAACCUUAACGCUAUAGCACACACUACAGAACACUAGAACAACGAGAUGGAAAAGUGAAAGUAAAGUGAAGGCCAGGCUCCUUCUGGCCUAUUAUAGUCAGCAUGACCUUGACAGAGAGAUAACAGAACCAGUUUAAACCAGCUGUACUCAGCUUCCCAGAAGAAAUAACCCAAACAAGAACCUUCUGCAAGAUUCUCUCAUGCAGAAAGAAACUUUCCAGAACACUCCUGAAUUAAACAGAAUAGGAACACAUCAGAUCAAUAUUUUCUGUAGUAAGAAAUACAAACUGACAAGGACGUCUGCUGGGGAGGGUGCCAAAUUUUGACCUAGCUUAGGGUGCCACAGUACCAAAUUCCACCACUGAAAGCAUGUAUGUCACAUUAAUAAAAAGCAUUUGAAAAAGAAAGAAAGAAAAGAAAGUAUGUAUGUCACAUUGCAAAAGGAAGAGCAAGAGGAGAUCGCAUGCCAGACUAACGUUGAUAUAGGCAAAGCUAAUUUGGGAGGGUUUUGUUGUUUUUUUGCUCUUGGUGCGUGUGAACCAAUGUUUAUUGAAUUUGUCAGAAAACUUGAUAAGCUGCUUGCUCCUGCAGCAACCAUAUUUCUUCUGUAGGCUUGUCCCACCAUUUCCUGCCUCUUGGUGCAACAUCUGUUCUUCCCGUGGGUCUUUGUAAAAACCAUGCAGUGUACGUAAUAGUUAGGGUGUCAGACUAGGAACUGGGAAGGUGGGACUCAAAUCGCCACUCAGCCAUGAAGCUCACUGGGCGGCCUAGGACCAGUCACUGACUCUCAGCCUUACCUACCUCACAGAGUUGUUUUGAAGAUAAGGAGAUGGGGAGAGCCAUGUAACACUCUUUGGAGGAAAGGUGGAAUGAUACAUUGAAAUGUGUCCCAACUUCUGUCUCUGUGCUAUCAUGCCUGGAUGAAAACUCCAUGCUGGGUGUUUUUGGACAGCAAGUUAUCACUUGCAAUGUUUUCUUUUGUACACCACAUAACGCUCUUAAAUUCUGAAGGCAAGAAGAGAGGCAGAUUGGCUCCUAGUACAUUUUCAAGCAUAAUUCAAAGUGUUGGUGCUGACCUUUAAAGCCUUAAACGGCCUUGGCCCAGUAUACCUGAAGGAGCGUCUCCACCUCCAUUGUUCAGCCCAGACACUGAGGUCCAGCUUUGAGGGCCUUCUGGCGGUUCCCUCACUGUGAGAAGUGAGGUUACAGGGAACCAGGCAGAGGGCCUUCUCGGUAGUGGCACCCACCCUGUGGAACACCCUCCCAUCAGAUGUCAAGGAAAUACAACUAUUUGACCUUUAGAAGACAUCUGAAGGCAGCCUUGUUUAGGGAAGUUUUUAAUGUUUGAUGUUUUGUUGUAUUUUUAAUAUUCUGUUGGGAGCCACCCAGAGUGGCUGGGGAAACACAGCCAGAUGGGCAGGAUAUAAAUAAAUUAUUAUUAUUAUUAUUAUUAUUAUUAUUUAUUAUUAGUGCCCCCUCUCCCCAAGGAGGUUACAGUCUAAAAUUACGGGGAAGUGAGGAAGAGAAACAAGGAUAACAAAGGAUGAAUGUGAGCAUGCACUUACGAGUAUCAGUUAAGCCUGGUAUUUUCUCUCUUUAUAUACAACUAGGAUGGGGAAACUGUGGCCCUCUAGAUGUUCUAGGACUCCCAACUCUUGUCAGCCAUGGAGAAUGGUUGAGGUUGAUGAGAGUUGUAGUCCAUCAGCAACCUGAGGACAGCAGUUUUUCCAUUCCUGGUGUGCAACGUCUGUACUAGAGUGUAUAUUUUUGCAAACUUACAUUAUUUUAAACUCCAUCUAACCUAGAUAUGCUGGAUGCUUUCAAGCCAGAAUAUGUGGCUCCUCUGGUUCUUUGGCUUUGCCAUGAAAGUUGUCAAGAGAAUAGCGGACUGUUUGAGGUAAUAUCCCUGUAUUAUCCUUUCCCGGCAACAAAUUGUUCACAUGGUCAGCUGUGAAUCUUUGAGAAACGAGAGUUAAAGUGAGGUACAUGCGUGUCCAAAUUAGGGUGAAUAAGGUAAUCGGUGGGGAGUGAUACCUGAAUUUACAUUCCCGAUAUUGGGUUUGCCUACCCACUUAACAGCUUUCUUGAAGCUAGGAGAAUAAUAUAUUAGGGUUAAAGAUACAUGUGAAAGAAACAAAAUGCAGAAAAAAUUAAGGGCAAUAUUCAACCAAGUUGUACUCAGAGUAGACCUAUUGAUAUUCACGAACCUCAUUUAGCCAUGUUAAUUAAUUGCAGUGGGUGUACUCUGAGUAAAUCUUAAUUGAAUACCACACUAAGAGUAUAUACUGUAGCUGUUUGACGUAUUGGCUACAUUCUGAUUAUACCUCAGCUUAAUACAUGGAUAAUGAAUAAAUCUUUUGCUUGCCCGUUCAGCUCCCCAACUCUUGCCUUCACAACAAUCAAACCAAGAAGCCUCUUAUUAACCAUUGUUUCUUGUUCCAUCAAAACCGGGAAACUAUGAUUAGCUGCUUUGAAACAGGCUAGGAUGUUCAACCAAGGGUUGAAGCUGGUUUAAUAUUAUGACUUGUUACAAAGUAGUAACCAUAAUUUCCCAUUUCAGACAAAGCAGGCGAUGAUAGUUAAUUAGAGGCUUCUUGAUUAGAUUAGCUGGGAGAGGAGGACUGAAGAGGUUGAGUGGGUGGGCAAAAGGCUCAUAUUCAUAUAAUCUCCUUAUUAAACCAAGAUAUGAUCAUCUGAAUCGGGCUAUUGCUGUCAUCCCUAUUGAAAUGAAACAUACUGCUCUCUCCAGUAUGGCUAGAAGUACAGUUCUGUCACUGCUUGCUUUUUGAGGUUAUAUUAACUUUUAAAAUUUUAUAUUGCAGGUCGGAGCUGGAUGGAUUGGAAAAUGUAAGUGGUCUUGUACAAUCUGGUCUAGUACUUGCAAAAGAAUCUGAAUUUAAUAUGAAAUGAAAUCUUUAUGUUCUCAUCAAAUAGAAUAUGGAAACUUUAAUUUGUUGCCUAUUAAGGGUAGUGGACCUUUAUGCCAAUACUUCGGAAUUAUACAAAGGGGUAUUUUUAGCCAUUUUAAAACCACGUUUUGGUAAGUAACUGUGGAUUGAACUCACAUUUAUACUACAAAGGCAUAUAGUAUUAUUUAUUAUUGUUAUAAUUAGUUAUUAAAUUUGUAUACCACCCGAUACCCACAGGUCUCAGGGUGGGCUACAACACAAAAUCACAAUACAAAAACACAUAAUACGUAGUAAAAACAAAAACAAGAAAACCCAAUAAUCCUGCCAACAUGUUUUAAAAGGGCUUAUAGCGGAGCAGUUUACCAUACAUCCAUGAAACAGUUCCUCAAAACUCCAUCUCUGCUCCCUUUACAGGUGUUUUAUGGGCACUCUGUGUUAUGUGGACCAGCUUUUUGGUCACUGAUGGCAAAUGAUAGUGUGUUUUUAUCAGAUCUUAUUUGAAACUGAAUAAGGUGCUUUUAUCAUUCUUACAACUACUGUUCUCUUUAAGCUUUCAAAAUGAUGCAAGCUGUGAAUGCAGAUAAACAAAAUGGCAAAAAGCCAUAUUCAGCAAAGCUCUUAAAGGUCUGAGCUAGAAUUUCUGCUCUACGUGGGGGGUCUGAAUUAUGUAAAAAUCAGGUUCUGUUCUUGGCAGGGAGCGAUAAUCUAGACUUUUGUUUGGUGGGAAAGGCUACUACUUUUACGAGGAAGCAGUGGUCCUGAAGUUUCAACAGUUGAUGGCUAUCUCUUCCUAUCGCUGUUUGCUUAGUACGCUGGGAGCGAUCGCUAGGAGCCAUUGUCAGACAGAAGAACCAGCCGAUGACACCAGAGGAGGUGCAGAAUAAAUGGGAGACGAUCUGUGACUUCAAUAAUGCCAACAAACCUCGAACUAUCCAGGGUAUGGGCACUUAAAAUUCACUAUAUUUCUCAAAUAAUUGUGUGGUGGUCUUUUCAUUGAAGAACCAAUUUUAUUCUUUAAAAAAAAUCAAAAAAUCACCCAGCUAAACAUCAUGGUACAUGACUCAUGUUGCACUUUUGGAAGUGUCAGGUCUUACCAUAAUGCAUAUUAAGGGAAAACAUGAAACUCUGUUUCUUUCCAAGGAGUUUUCUAGAUUUCUUGAAGAGCAGUCUUAGAUAUUUGACACUUGUGUUUGCGUUCUGAUGAAUUGGAGUAGUCUGGCAGUGAGACUCUUAGGAGCUCAGUUUGUACUAGGGCUGAACAAUGUAUUGAUAUAUUGUCCAAAACCAGUUUGAAGUCCAUAUUAUGAUACUGGUUUCAUAAUUUUUGACAUGGCAAUAUAUUGCGAAUCAUGGGGUUUGUGUGUGUGUGUGCUAUGCAAAAAUCACGAAGUGGGAAAAACUGUGAUGCCAGCCAAUGCUACAUAGCUCUAUCCUUAUUUCAGGCAUUGUGAUAUAUCAGCAUAUUGAGAUAUUUAGCUGGUAAUAUAUCACAAUGUUGAAAACCAGAUAUUGCCCAGCUAUAUAUAUCUAUUUUGCUCCUGUGAUGAACAAAUUGGUGGGGCUAAAAAAAUUAGAUAUGUCAAUCUGAAGAUAUGGUACUCAGUAGAAUUCUCCGUUUCAGAGCAUAUACUCUUGAUUCUAGGAACUGAAAGCAGCAAAAGACAAAUGAAACAUUGUGCAAACUGUACAAGGCUAAGUCAUACUUGGAAGAGACUUGAUGGGCCUUUAAGUUUGUCAGAAUCAGGAAUGCUACCCUUUUGCAAGGGACUGUUCAUACCUGAUUCCAGGGAAGAUGAUUUUUGACGAUAUGUUUAUGAGUGGCGGUCUAGUUGAUCAGAUCCUAGAAAGUUCAGGUUUUACCCUUCAGUUGAGGACUGUGUUGAAGUUUGCAACCCAAGUUAUCUACUAAUAGUGUGGAGGAUCAUGGCUACUAACUAAAAAUAAAAAGUGGAGAUCUAGCUACACAUCCCAGCCUCUCUCAAAAUAGCUUAUUAAUAUGCCCCCCACUACUGGUACAGCCUUAACAGAUUAUGCUAACACAAGGACGCCAACUACUAAAGACUAAGGGAAGAGCAGUUGGGUACAUUUAGAAGGAGAGUAGGAUGCUCUCCUCUCUUGAUCCCUCAGUUAAGUCCAGUCAAAGGCGACUAUGGGGUUGUGCACUCAUCUUGCUUUCAGUCUGAGGGAGCCGGCGUUUGUCCACAGACAGCUUUCCGGCUCAUGUGGCCAGCAUGACUAAACCGCUUCUGGCGCAAUGGGACACCGUGAUGGAAACCAGAGCGCACGGAAACGCCAUUUACCUUCCCGCCGCAGCUUUAGCUAUUUAUCUACUUGCUCUGGUGUGCUUUCAAACUGUUAGGCAGGAGCUGGGACAGAGCAAUGGGAGCUCACCCCGUUGCGGGGAUUCGAACCGCCGACCUCCUGAUCGGCAAGCCCAAGAGGCCCACAGUUUAGACCACAGCGCCACCCGCGUCGCAGCAGACACUGUCAGCCAUACAAACACCUAGUCCAACACCAUAUUUAUUUUGCCAAGCACUCAUUUCUCAAACUAGAGAAAUCAUCCCCACUUCUCUUCUCCAUCCCAGUGAAGCCAGGCUGGUCCCUAGAUGUGGGAAUCGGCCAUGAUGUUGUUACUAUUUUCCAUAUGGGCUGAGUGGCUGAUGGCUUGUACAUAAAAAUAAUAAUAUAAGUAUGCGUUGAAUAUUCUGAUAGAAUAAACUCCACCCAGGAGCUACUCUAUUUUGCUGGCUGAAAGUUAAACUAGUUGUUAACAUUCCAAGGGGUAUAUAGCAUGCUCGAUCCAGUGUGCUGUUACAUUUUUUCUGCUGGGUGAAGAAUUCGGUUAUGUUCUUGGCUGUGGUUUGGAUGGGAACGUGCCUUUGAUUAAUCUCUCAUCUGUGAGAAUUAGCAGAGAGCCUGUUAAAAUGCUGCUGAUAUCUGACAUCCUAAUUCAUUUAAUUUUUCAGUGGAACGACAUUAGAAAAUUUCCCUUGUUAAGAAAGUCCCUUUCCUUAGUGCCUCAAGGCACCGAACUGUUAAGUAAGGAAAACUAAUUAGAGUAUUCACAUUUAAAAAAAUGAAAGCUAUGUUACUUUAUAUCUGCAAGUUCAAGCUGUCCCCAGAGAUUUCAUUAAAAACUAUUACCAGCAUUAAUGUAAGUAAUUUGAUGUUGUGAAAAGCUAUUAUAUACUAAACUAUCCUAUAUAAUUAUACAAAAAAUGCCAAUUAGUGUAAUUAUUUACCUAUCAUUUGCGAGAAUAGCCUAGAAUUAGAACCACAAAAUGUGGCUUAUAAUGGUGUGUGUGGCUAUUUAGAUGCUGAGUGUGUAGGCCUGAUUUUCAUUUACCCCAGAUUAAAAAGCACUGAAAUUUGAGCUGUAUCAUUUUCAAAAAGUGAUUUCUUCCUCUAUAAUGAUCUCACUCUAAUUAGGCUUAGGUCUUAGUCGGGGAAGGGCAAAACAAGAGGUUUUCUGUGUAUCUUUGCUGGAGUUACAGCAUAUUUGUCUCCAAACAUUAUUAAAGAAACUAAUAAUGAAUUCUAAAUUAAUUUAUGCUUGACACCCCCACCCCCACCAUUUAGAUGGAAGCUGAUUCAAUAGCCGGUCCUCUAAUGACCUUCCAAAUAUAUUGAGGCAAAAAGUUUGGGCGGCAGUAUGCUAUGUUGGUUUGUGUGUGGCAGAUUAAAGUUUUAAAACCCAUCUAGGCUCUGAUGAUCACCUAGCAGCUUCUGACAAACCACUCUAUGCAUGUUCAGGCAUUUGCCUAAAUAUGUGAAGCAUUAAACUGGGAUAGGGGUAAAAGGUAAAGGACCCCUGACAGUUAAGUCCAGUCGCAGACGACUCUGGGGUUGUGGCGCUCAUCUUGCUUUACUGGCCGAUGGAGCUGGCAUUUGUCUGCAGACAGUUUUUCAGGGACAUGUGGCCAGCAUGACUAAGCCGCUUCUGAAGAAACCAGAGCAGCGCACGAAAACGCCGUUUACCUUCUCACCGGAGUGGUACCUAUUUAUCUACUUGCACUUUGGUGUGCUUUCAAACUGCUAGGUUGGCAGGAGCUGGGACUGAGCAAUGGGAGCUCACCCUGUCGUGGGGAUUCGAACCGCCGACCUUCCAAUCAGCAAGCCCUAGGCUCAGUGGUUUAGACCACAGCGCCACCCGCAUCCCUAGGGAUAGGGGUACACCCCCCAAGUCCCACCCCAUGUGUCCAGCUGCUCUUCAGAUCUUCACACAGUUAGCAUGCAGGUCUGAAGGUUUUCAAGCAUGUUUGAGCACUUCCAGAAAUUUCCCUAUCAGUCCAAAUCCUUUUCAGGGUUUCAUGUUGUGGGAAGAGAUUUGAAGCAUGUUUAGCCCCUUUCUGCUAGUUGUGGGGAGGCCUAAAGUGUAGCUGGCAUGCUUGGGGACAUGGAGGGCAAGGCUUGCAUGCACUUCUCUGUUCUAGUCCUCAGUUUAAUGGCCCAUCUUAUUUCCUCAUGAAGGGACCAGGCCCUUGACAAGCAGAGGUCGAAAGGAAACGUUCUACACCUAUCUUCCAAACACUGAGCAUUGCUGUUGGUUGGGAGAAGGAUGAGGCACAGGGAGGGAGACAUGGCAUGGGGAGGAUUGUUGGAUUGGCAUUGCUACUGUGCUGGCACUCCUGCCCACCCUUUCCCCUCUUUGGAACUGGCAGAGACGCUCAGUGUUCAGGUAGCUGGCAAAAGAGAGAGAGAGAGAGAGAAACACACACACACAUACUUUUCAAGUUUAUAUAUUUCACUAAUUUUAUACAUUUCACUAAUUUAACAAUCAUUUUGACAUUUCAAAACUUGACUUCCUUCCCCCUCUUUUUGUGGUUCCUUAAAUGUAUUUUUAAUAUCUUCUGCAUAACCACAUUAACUUAAUUUACUCAUUUAAUCAUCUUCUUUAUAUAUAUAUACUCUUAUGAAACUGCAGGUUAUUACAUUGAUCCUGUCAAUGUUUUUAUUUGUUUACAAUUUAUCUGUAAAUAUUCAAGAAACCAUUUCCAUUCUUUUAUUUUUUUAAAAAGAAGUUAUCUUGAUUUCUUAUUCUUCCGGUAAUUUUUGCCAUUUCUGCAUAUUCCAUAAGUUCUUGUAUCCAUUCUUCCUUUGCUGGGACUUCUGCUUCUUUCCAUUUUGGGGCAAGUAACAUUCUUGCUGCUGUAGUAGCAUACAUGAAUGGAUUUCUAUACAUUUUAGGUAGUUCUGUCCCUAUAAUUCCCCAAAGAAAAGCUUCUGGUUUUUUUUAAAAAAACAAAGGUUAUUUUAAACAUCCUUUUCAUUUCAUUAUAUAUCAUUUGCCAGUAAGAGGAGGCCGGCAAAAGAUGUUGUGCGUUGACUGCCACUGCCCUUAGAGAAACGUCCAUUAUACAGUGGUGCCUUGCAAGACGAAAAGAAUCCGUUCCGCGAGUCUCUUCGUCUUGCGGGUUUUUUCGUCUUGCGAAGCAAGCCCAUUAGCGGUUUAGUGGAUUAGCGCUACAGUAUUAGCGGCUUAGCGGGCUUAGCGGAUCAGCUGUUAAGCGGCUUAAAGAUCAGCUGAUAAGCAGCUUAACGAUCAGCUGAUAAGCGGCUUAGCGAUCAGCUGUUAAGCGGCUUAGCCGAUCAGCUGAUAAGCGGUUUAGCGGCUUGGGAAAAAGGGGGGGGACAGGCAAAAAACCCCGCAGGAACUCGCAAGACAUUUUCGUCUUGCGAAGCAAGCACAUAGGAAAUUCAUUUUGCGAAGCACCUCCAAAACGGAAAACCCUUUCGUCUAGCGGGUUUUCCGUCUUGCGAGGCAUUCGUCUUGCGGGGCACCACUGUACAGGCAUAGGCUCUCAAAGUUGUGAAACAAAUCAGAAAUUUCCCAAAAUUUAGAUGUGAAAGUGGAGAAACAGAAUGACAAACGUGGAAGGCUGCAUCUCAGAUUGUGGUAUGCUUAAUUCCCCCGCCACUUUGUCGUCUUGUCCUUUUUACAAAGGGCUAAGUGUGGUGGUUUAGCCUCAUAACAGCUCCGUGAGGGAGGUAGAGAGAAAGAGAAAAUUCUAGGUGAGAUUCAAACCACUAUUCCCAAGGUAUAGCUGUAGCCUUCAUACUGCAUUGUUAGUUCUGCUGUAUAGCUCCUUUUGGGAAGAACAGUGAUUUAAUACACACUUUUAAUAAUAAUAAUAAGAAGAAGAAGAAGAAGAAGAAGAAGAAUGCUCGUGUCUGGCUUUUGCCUAAUGCACCAGUAGCACUUCUAACAUAGUGAGUUUGGUUACUGUUAUUUUUUUACUUGUCAGACUGUUAAUGCCCAGACCUGAUAACCGCCACAGGGCACUUAAGUUUCAGGCAAUUCAUGUAAUCCAAUUUCCUUAGCAUCUUGGUUGGAGACACUGGAAGUGUGACCUUGCAUAACACAAGUUCCUCAGCCUAUUCAAGUGCUAAAAUAUCAUUGCAAAUCUAAUGCUGGAGGUUGGGACUGGAGUUGAGUUUCCUAUGCCAGACAGCAGAAGGUCAGCACUCUGUGCUAUUGCAGUUCUCCCCACCCCCCUUUUCUUCUUGUUUGUGUUCCCUGUGAGAAUUAAUAUAUAGCAGAAGUUACUCCCAAGAAGCGGAGAAGGAAAUUGCAUACCAGACAAUCGGUAGGCCUAGAGAAAUAGAAUAGGUGACAGAUUGCUAUUUGCACCAGAAGUUGUGCUUUUGAAUAAUACUAGAAGGAGUCAUAGCUUACUGAGAGACCAAAUGCUUGGCAUCAAGAAAGCUGCAAGUUCAAUCCUUGACAUCUGCAGGUAGGGUUGGGAGAGACACCUGUCUGAUCUUUUGGAGAUUCACUGCCAUUUAAUGGAGAUAAUACAGGAAGAACAAGUUAGCGAAUCAACGGUUGAAAGGAUAAUGAAAGGAAUAAGGUAAAGGUAAAAGGACCCCUGACCAUUAGGUCCAGUCGUGACAGACUCUGGGGUUGCGGCGCUCAUCUCGCUUUAUUGGCCGAGGGAGCCGGCGUACAGCUUCCAGGUCAUGUGGCCAGCAUGACUAAGCCGCUUCUGGCGAACCAGAGCAGUACACGGAAACGCAGUUUACCUUCCCGCUGGAGUGGUACCUAUUUAUCUACUUGCACUUUGAUGUGCUUUCGAACUGCUAGGUUGGCAGGAGCAAGGACCGAGCAACGGGAGCUCACCCUGUCGUAGGGAUUCGAACCACCAAACUUCUGAUUGGCAAGUCCUAGGCUCUGUGGUUUAACCCACAGCGCCACUUGCGUCCCCUAAUGAAAGGAAUAGAUGAGAUUAAAGUAAGCAAAUUUAGAGAGCUGGAAUUUUAAAAAGUUCUAAAAUGGUACAGAACUCCAGCCCGGCUAGCUAAUAUGGUAACAGGAUUGAAUUCUAACUGCUGGCACUGUAAACUAGCCAAGGGAUGGUUUUCCCAUAUGUACUGGGAAUGCCCAGAGGUAAAGGAAUUCUGGAAUAAAAUCCAAAGGUUAUUAAUGAACUGUUUAAAGUGAAGCUGUCAAUAGAUUUUGAUUUCAUGACAGUGGGUAUACUUGGAAAUGCGGCUAUAGAGAAAGGGGACCAGUUUACUUUCAAAGCUAUGAUAUUAGCGGGAAAGGCAACGAUAGCUUUAGGUUGGAAAGAUAGAGAAAAAUGGACAGUAGAGGCAUGGAAUAGUUAUUUGUUUGAACUUACCAGUACUCAGUCGGACAUUGUCGCAGUAAUGUCACAGGAAACAAUGUGGAAGGUCAAGUCCACCACAAUAAGGAACAGAUGAAACUCCUAUCUUCAAAGGAUAGAAACUACUGGAACAAAAGACAUUCAGUGGAAACUAAAGACGCUGUGCCCGUGGCUGAGGAUAAUUGUUUGAACCCUUCCAAUGGAUAUUGGGGGGUGGGGGGUGGGAAAGGAAAAAUUGUACGGGAAAUUUAAAAAUUGGAAGAAGAUAAUAUAAUGUAUGUAAAAAUCCCCCACAUUUUUUUUUUUUAAUGGAGAUAAUACUAGAUGAGCCAGUAGUCUGGCACAGAUGUAAGGCAGAUUAUUCUGUUCUGAAGAUAUAUGUGGGGAAAAGAAAAGAAGUUGAUAGAGAUGCUAAACACGGGGGUGGAGGGGAACCUUACCCCUUUGAUGUAAGUACUGGAAGACUAAAAAUAUACCAGCUUUGGAAGAGAUGUUCAAAUACUUCGUGGUGCAAAGCUGAUACCUGGCAGUAUUUUUAAUUUGCCAGUUCAAGUACACUUCCUUCCGUGUCUCGAUUACUAAGUUAACACUGAUUGUUUCUGAUGUUAAUUUAAGCAAUAUUUAAAGGAUAGUGGGGCAUACUUCGAGAGCUGUUCUCCAAACUCUCCACUCUUUUAAACAGUUAGCAGGUUGUGAGGGAAGGGGGUAGGUGGGUGGGUGUUUGGGGUGAGGUGUGCUGUUUGCUGUGGGUAACAGUCGUAAAAUGGCUGCCAUGGGGUGGGAGGUGUCGCAACUCCAAAUGUAGCUGGUGGGAUGUGCUGUGUAACACAAAAUAGUUGCUACAUCUAAAAGAGUGCGGGGGGGGAUCAUAGGAACACGUAAUAGCGCUGGCCUGCCCCCCUGCCCAGUCAAUGGGAAAAAGGCAACCACACCAGCCAUCACCAUUCUUGCUCACAGAAACAAGCUAUUUACAUCUUUCCUUUGUUCAAAACAGAAGGAAGAGUUGGUGUCCAAUUGUGUAACCCGGCAAAAAGUCGGCAUGUUUAAGGGGAGAUGGGUUGUUCUAUGUUGCAGAACUGAGCAGAAAGAGCAAAUCGCAUCUCUCACAUUGUGGAUUUUUGAAGGGGUAUUUACUGAGACCUUUAACAGGCCCUGUAGGAAAUACAGUCAUACACUGGAUCCCGAAUGCCUUGCAAGUCAAACGUUUUGACUCCCGAACACUGCAAACCCGGAAGUGAGUGUUCCGGUUUGCGAACGUUCUUUGGAACCCAAAAGCCCAACAGGGCUUCCACGGCUUCUGAUUGGCUGCAGGAGCUUCCGGCAGCCAAUCAGAAGCCCUGCUUUGGUUUCCAAACAUUUUGGAAAUUGAAUGGAUUUCUGGAAUGGCUUCUGUUUGACUUCCAAGGUACGACUGUACUGGCAGGCACUGGAGCCCACAGACAGCAUUGGGAACCUCUAUAAUUAAUAUGUGAGGGUUCACAUUAACAAGUGCAAUGUAAAGCAUACGAAUGGUUAGGAGGCACUGUGUUAACUUCAAGAAUAAGGGACUUCCCCAAAAGUGAGGUUGAAGUGUCAUGUUAGCAUUUUGUGACGGUUGUAUUUUUGCUUGGAAUGAAGCUGUGGAAUGACUUAUUUUUGUGUGUGUGUGGUUUCAAAACCAUUUCCCUUCUGUAUUUCCAGAAUCAGUCAGCAUGCUGAAUGAUGUGUUAAGUCAAAUAGAAUCCCAAGAUGUCUCCCCCAAUCCCACAAGCCACAGUGCAUCAAGAUCCUCUACAGGCUUUGACCCUGUAAGUAAAAAUGCUUCUGCAAGGUACUUGGCUUGAAGAUAUUCCGUUGCCUGGAGCCAGGAAAAGCUACUGUGACACAUGAAUCGGAAGAUGCAGUGUACUGUCUCAAAAGGUCAAUUUUAAAAUGUGAGCUGGAGAAGGCGGUGCUUUCCCCCACACUGUUCCCUUGUACACUAUUCCAUAGUGUAAAGUAACAUUUAUGAGAACUGAUUAGACUAGAGAAUUUGCUACUUCUUCUCCGAAGAAUGCAGACACUCUAGUCCUGCAGGUUUGCUAGUCAGGUGUAAUUUCUCCAGGCAUUGGUUUGUAGGGCAGAGUAACAUCUCUUUCAGAAAGUUAAAAAUAAAUGAUCCCUCUGUUUCGUUUUGUACCGCAGCUGCUAAAAUCUAGCAUCACAUUUCUCUUUAAGUGUGUGUGUGCGCAGCAAACAUGCAUUUUGAGAAGCUUGGCAUAAUUUGUGGACAAAGAUAUGUGCCUUAAGGUUAUUUGUCCCUAAUGGGCUGCUGUCUCACUGGGGAAAGGGGAAGGCUGUAGCUCAGCGUAUCUGCUUUACAUACAGAAGAUCGCAGGUUUGAUCCCCAGCAUCUCUGGGUAGGACCGGGUAUGUCCUGUAUCUGAAACCUUGGAGUGCUGCUGAGAGUCAAGUGUAGACAGUAGCAAGCUUGAAGGAGCAAUGAUCAUCCCUGACUACUGGUCCUAUUAGCUAGGGAUGAUGGGAGUUGUAGUCCCAAAACGGCUGGAGGGCCAAGUUUGGCCAUGCCUGCCUUAGAUGGAGUUGGAGGACCCUGUUUCAGGCAAGUGGAGUGGCACCGAGUUUUGAAAUAUCCUAGUUUUGCGAUACCCUGGAGCCGUAGUAGUUUAGACAUAGAACAGUUGUCCUAAAAGAGAAUCGGUACAAAAUAUUUAACUGGCACCCGGAAGGGAUUAUCUCUUCUCAAUUUCCCAUCACCAUUUUGAAGAUCAACUAUGAAUGAGUUUCUGCGCUCUUGACUGGUAUUCAGGUUGAGUAUGUGUCCCUAUAUGAUAUAUACAAGAAAGGAGGAGCCAGUGUGGUGUAGUGGUUAAGAGCGGUAGACUCGUAAUCUGGGGAACCGGGUUCGCGUCUCCGCUCCUCCACAUGCAGCUGCUGGGUGACCUUGGGCGAGUCACACUUCUGUGAAGUCUCUCAGCCCCACUCACGUCACAAAGUGUUUGUUGUGGGGGAGGAAGGGAAAGGAGAAUGUUAGCCGCUUUGAGACUCCUUCGGGUAGUGAUAAAGCGGGAUAUCAAAUUCAAACUCUUCUAGAUACAUUUUCUCACACAUCCUUUACCUUUUCCCAACUUUUGAUAUCAGUGGUGUGAAGACUUUCCUCUUUCGGCUGACCUAUUAAUGGAUGAAAUCAAAUUUAGUACAUUUGUAUGAGAUUUUCACUCUGCAUGGGAUUGAGUAAGAUUUUUUCCCCUUCCUAUUUAUAUUUCAGCCAUACAUGUGAACCCAUAAAAGUUAUUAGACUGUAAAACAAAUGAGCAUCUUAUAAAUUGGAAGCAGCGAUGGGCGUCAUGUGCCACUCCUAGAUGUUGGUGGAUGUUCAACUCCCAACAGACCCAACCAGCAUGGCCAGGGGUCAAAGAUUAUGGGAACUGUUGUUCCACCACAUCUGGAAUGGCUACAGAUUCCAUCUCUGGUUAAUACACACUUGUGUCUAUUUUAUUUUAUUUUUAGCAUUCAUAUGGCCUGAGAGAAAAUCCAAUGUCUUCACCUUUUAUAACAGCUUUCUCUCUUUGCCUUGAGGUGCUUCUCAUUCACCAAAGACUACUUGUUAAUCACUCUGAGCUUGCUUUUGGUAGGAACGGAAGAUCUAAAUUAAUAAUACUAAUGUGCGCUCCUGUUUUCAAUACCCACAGUCGCAGAGCAUUGGCCAGAAGCUGCCUACAAUGUCUUAUGAGUACAGCCAUUUGCAGCCCAUCUUGUAUGCACUUGGCGUGGGCAUGUCAACAAAAGAUCCGGACCACCUGAAAUUCCUGUUUGAAGGAAGUGAAGAGUUUUGCUGUCUUCCAAGCUUUGGAGUUAUACCAGCUCAGGCCUCUAUGCUCGAUGGUGGGUUGUCUAGCGUUCCAGGGCUUAAUAUUGAUUUUACUAAGGUGAGUGUGAGCCACAACAAUUGAAUUGAUUUUAUGUAUCAAACUGUUAGCAAAUGAAACAGCAUGCAUAGCAGAUGCAGAUUUAGCAACAGAGGGGGAAAUUUUUUGGAUACAUGAAAAUCUAAUGCAUUAAUCAUCAGUAGUAAACAUGGAGUCAAUAUAGCUUGGCUUUGAAAUGAAGCAGUCUGCUUUGCCCUCAUUUGCUGUUGCCCCGGAUGAUACAUUCCAUUAAAACUUUGGACAGUGAUGAAAACUAGAGCCUAGCAAGCCCAACCGACUGCAACACAUGGCAAAUUCCAAAUGCGAGUGGUAAAGAAAUACCGUAUUUUUCGCUCUAUUGGACGCACCGGACCAUAGGAGGGGGAGAAUAGGAAAAAAAAAUUUUUUUCUUGUUCUCCCCCUCAAAAACAUGGUGCGUUCAAAGUGCGUUCAAGAGGAGGCCUUGCAGCUGCCCCCCAAGCUUGUGGGGCUGGUGGUGGGGGGAAGCGCUGUUUUCUCCCAUCGCCAGCCUCAAAGAUCUCUGAAGCCUUUGGAGCGCAGCUGUACUCCAAAGGCUUGAGGCUUCGGGGACAUCCUUUGUAGCCUCCGCAGGGUGGCGGGGUGCCUUCACCCCACCGCCCUGCGGAGGCUUUGCGCAGCCAUCCCAAAGCUGGAACAGCGAGACGGAGGGCUGCGCAGCGCUCCGUCUCGCUGUUUUGGCUUCGGGGACAGCAGGCUGCUAUCCGCAAGCCUUCAGAGCCCGGCGGGAACUCCCGCCGGGCUCUGCAGGCUUGCGGAGAGCUGCCCAAAGCCUGGGGUGCACAGCGCCGCGCUCCCCGGGCUUUGGGCUGCAGGCAGCUAUCCGCAAGCCUGCGGAUAGCUUCCUGAAGCCUGGAACGCGAGAGGGAUCAGUGCGCACCGACCCCUCUCGCUCUCCAGGCUUCAGCGAAAGCCUGCAUCCGCUCCAUAGGACGCACACACUUUCCCCCUUCAUUUUUGGAGGGGGAAAAGUGCGUCCUAUAGAGUGAAAAAUACGGUACUCAUUACCUCCUCAAUAUCUCAACAUUACAAUGUCAGUCACGAUACAAAGGAGAAACAAAGAAACUGAAAAUAAUGUGCUAUGCAUUUCACUUGCAUCAGGGAAGCGAACCUAUCAUCUUUCCAGAUUUUUCUGGGCUACAUUUCCCCUCACAAUUGGCCAGUCUGAAUGGGCCUGAAAGGGUGUGUGACUCUAGCGGUAUCUGGAGGGAGUGGGUGGUGCUGUGGUCUAAACCACCAAGCCUCUUGUUCUUGCCGAUCAGAAGGUCGGCAGUUCGAAUCCCCACGAUGGGCUGAGCUCCUGUUGCUCUGUCCCAGCUCCUGCCAACCUAGCAGUUUGAAAGCAUGCCAGUGCAAAUAGAUAAAUAGGUACUGCUGUGACGGGAAGGUAAAUGGCGUUUCCUUGCACUCUGGCACUCGUCAUGGUCUUCUGUUGCACCAAAGCUGUCCGUGGACAAACGCUGGCUCCCUUGGCCUGAAAGCGAGAUGCGCACCGCAACCCCAUAGUCAAGUUUGACUGGACUUAACCAUCCAGGGAUCCUUUAUCUGGAAAGCCACAAAUUCUUCACCAUUAACUUGCAUCAAGUUUCUCCUAUGACCCAUGAGAGGCCUGGGGAAAGCAUCCAGAGACUUCCAACCUUCUUCUUUAAUAGUUAAAGGGCAAAGAUAAUGUUAAUAAUGAGGUGAGAUUCCCCACCACCACCACCAUAAAGAAUACCUAAGGUGUUACCUGUUUAACAAAAUGGAAGCAAAGUGUGAAUUGGACAAAGAAUUACUCUUUAAACAGAAAAAGGUGAGGGAUGGCGGCUAUGUAUCUGAUAGUUUACCCACCUCAGACUGAAAAUUUACAAGGCCAUAAAACAUAUAACUAUUAUCCCUCUUAAUGGGCAAAGUGCAAACCCUUUUGAGGAAAAGCGACCUAAGUGUUUGUGCUUUGAUUCACAUCAUGUUUCCAGAUCAAAUAAUAGACUGUCUUUACCCGAGGGUCUAAUAUAAUAUAAUUAAUAUACUAUACUAUACUAUACUAUACUAUACUAUACUAUACUAUACUAUAAUAUAAAUAAAAUAAUGAUACAUUGCGUUGUCAUGUGUUAACGCAGUAAAAAAAUAAAUAAGUAAACAUACUUAAUCUCUUUAUAUCGUUUUAAAAACUGCAGCAGUAUAGACUGCAGUUUUCUGACAGUAGUGCAAAUGAUGCAAAUUUCUGUCUUAUUAUAGGUGUUACAUGGUGAGCAAUAUUUGGAGGUGUAUAAACCUCUGCCAACAUCGGGUAAGACUUCAGAAACCCUAACUAAUCUUUGUGUGUGUGUAUGCGUGUGUGUGUGUGUGUGUGUGUGUGUGUGUGUGUGUGUGUGUGUGUAUAUAUAUAUAUAUAUAUAUAUAAUCAUAUAUAUGGUGUAGGACUCUGUUGGUGUUUCUACCAAGAGUAAUUAGUAUUAUUCUUCAUGAUCUCUGUACAGUUUCACGUGGAGUUUCUCUACCUGCAAAAAACAGCCUUCAGCCCAUUCUUUAUACAGGGAACUGAUUCUCAUAUCCUCUCCCUUCAAGGGGAGGUUUUUAUUGUAUUAUGCAUGUGUCAGGGGCCAAGGCUCUGUUCUCACCUUCCAGCUCAAUUCUCAUGAUUUGGUAUGUUCUACAAUAUACUUGAUCCAAAAUUCAAAUCAUGCCAUGCUAUUCUUGGGUGUGUGUGGAUUUUAUAUUGCAAACUUUAGCUAUUGAUUUUCUUGGGAGGCCUGUAAGUAUUUCUGUAUUACUUCUGUGUCAUUUCUUUUUCUUCUUUUCGAUUUUAGGAAAACUAACUUCGGAGGCCACUAUUGCUGACAUCCUAGAUAAAGGCUCAGGAGCGCUUAUUCUCUUGGAUGGUAACUCUCCUACUAUGUGUUAAGAGCAAAUGGGCAGAGAAAUGAGUCUUUAAAAUGGAAUGAACCUUCCUAGCGGUGCCUUGAAGCCAUCUUGGAGGAAGGCUUUGUAACAGCUACUGGAAUCUUGUCUUGCCCUGAGGGCAAUUUCAAUAUUAUCUGGGUUUGCCACGCAUCUAAAGACAUAACAUAUGUGAACUGGCCUUGAUAUUUUGCCAGCCUAGUUUUAAAACCCCAAAAGUGGUUAGUGUGUUUGUUUGUGCAUGUUCUGGAAUGCAUUACAGUGGUACCUCGGGUUAAGUACUUAAUUCGUUCCGGAGGUCCGUACUUAACCUGAAACUGUUCUUAACCUGAAGCACCACUUUAGCUAAUGGGACCUGCUGCUGCUGCCGCACCACCGGAGCACGAUUUCUGUUCUCAUCCUGAAGCAAAGUUCUUAACCCGAGGUACUGUUUCUGGGUUAGCGGAGUCUGUAACCUGAAGUGUAUGUAACCUGAAGCGUAUGUAACCCGAGGUACCACUGUAUAGGUUUAGGAUAUAAGAGUUUUGGGUUUUUUUCCAGUGAAGACUUCGUGGGGCCUACCCCUCCCCACAGCCAAUCCCAUAUUUAUUGUCUUUACUCUGUAUUCAUAAAGCUCGUCUUUUAUUUCAAAUAUUCUUAUGCCACUCUUUAGUAGAGAUUUCUAACGCAGCUUGUCACGUAAAAUAGCAGAAUUCCAGAAAAUAGAGGAGCGUGGGUGAAGAUAAUCUCAAGACAAGUGCAACAAGGCAUAUAACCAGCUUAUAUUAAAUGACAAAAGCCCAGGCAAAUGAAAUUGUCUGUGUAUGGGCCCAAACUUAACUUCAGAAGGUAGGGGGACAUGGAGGAAGACCCCUUAGAAAAUGACCGCAAGGUUCAGGCGGCGUCAUGCAGUUAAUAAACUUGGGUCAGGGCAGUGAAAAGGAGGGGCGUUUCAGUAGUUUUUAGACAGAAGCAGGUUUUUUUCCCAGCCAGAACUCAGUUCCGGCACCCCUCAGGUGGGUGCCAUUGCCAUUCUAAGCACAUGAGGUAGGUGUCCAUGGUGAGUUCUGGCAUCUCUUUUUCUAGAAAUAUAGCACUGGGUAAAAUGAAUAGAGUAAAAGAACUAUGUAGCUCUUCUCACCCAGUUCCCUGAAAAUUUAAGUCAAAAGUUCUCCGCUGAUUUCUUAGUUUCGCUCAACGCUAUGUUAGUUUUUACUUUAGCAUGCUGUAAACAGAGCCGCAGCUAAUACCCUGCAGUUAUGUCAUUAUGGGUUGUAUUUUAAGAAAGGAAGGUAUGUUGUUUGCAGUUAAACUAAAAUGGUUCUUUUUUUGGCCUGAUCAUGUCUAGUCAACACAUACUCUGGAAAGGACCUUUUGUGCUAUAACCAGUUCUCCGUCUUUGUUGUCGGAGCUGGCGGUUUUGGCGGGAAACGCUCAUCUGAGAAAACCAAGGUAAUAGGAGCUUUAAGUUGGGCAGCAUGGGUAAUUUGUGAACAAAUUCAAAAUGUAUUUUGAACCAGGGUUAGACAGCCUAAAGCCAGAGCGUUCCAAAUUGUGUGUCGCGACACAUUAGUGUGUCGGCUGCAGUGCGUAGGUGUGUCGUGCAAAUGCUCCCCACGCUCCUCCCGGGGCUGGAAAGGGAUUAGUUUAACUUCUGGUUUGCUAGUAAAACUGAAUUACUGUGUUGUGAAAUGUUGCAUGUCUAAAAAGUUUGUCACCAGUAUGAAAAGUUUGGCCUAAGGCCUGGAAUCUGAAUCCAGAUCUUUCAGGAGGGAUUAUCAAGAGUGUGUGGGAUUGUGCAUGGAAACCACUGGUCCCAACUCUAUAGGGCUGAGGUGUCCGGCCCCCUCCAUAUCUGUGGGGAGAGGGUCAGGCGCUCAUAAAGUUGAGGGGGUAGAGGAGACCAAGUGUGGCACAGCUUCAGUGGUCAGCUUCUUCUGGGCGAGAGAGAGAGGAGGAGCCACUGGCCAUUGAAGCUGUUCCUUGCUGAGCUCCUCAUGAUGAUGUGACGUCACACGUGCAUGAUGUCACACACAUGGAAUGCACGAUUUGCACAUGACAUCACACUCACCCCUGCCGGACACAUGAUGCCGUACGCGUGACAUCUCUUCGGCUGCCCUCUCCCACUGAUUUUUUUCCAGCUCAAGUCAUGCCGUUUCAAUAGCCAUCUCCUGCCCUUUUCCUAAAAGCUUCUGAGGCAAGGGUGACCUUUGCAUGCCUGAAGGACUGGCAGCUCUCAUGAUUAAGUCCUCAUGAUUAAUUAAAAAAAACAAUAUUAAUACUUAUUCAGAGAGAUACAAAAAUACAUGCCCCUUACAAAAUAUAUUUUUAUAUUUGAAACAUAUAUGUUUCAUAUAUACAUAAACUGAUAUGAAACAACUACUUAGUCUAAAAAAAGAAAAAGAAUAAAGACAGAAAGGAGAAAAGACAAGGAAAGGGGAAACCUAGAGAAAGAGAGGAAAGAAAGAGAAAAAAAGAUUAGAAAAAGAUAAAGAAGAAUAAAAGGAAUUCCAGCUCUCUGUGCUCCAGCUAAAUAUAGUAUUCACUCCUUAAGAUCCAAACAUCCUAUCUUCUAUAAACCAGUAUUUUUCAGUCUUCAAAUCUAACUAUGACAAGUUCGUUUUUUCUUUCACGCAAAAAGUCCAUGAGAAAUUUCCAAUCCUUAGUAAAUGUCAGUAAUUAGACAUGUUAACUUCUCUGCCGUCUCAGCCAAGUCCAAUAGUUUUAUCAGCCAUUCUUCUAUAGUGGGCGAGGCUGUAUCUUUCCACCUUUGUGCAUGUAGCAAAAGACAAGAGAAGUUCUCAAGCAUCUUUGAGAGUGACCAUUUCCACGAAGGAACAUACAAUUGGCCAAGCAGCCAUUGAAAACUGUAUUCCCUAUGCUGCUUGGCUUUAAAAAGUACUCCGUUUGAACAUCUGGGCUUGCAGUACUAGUCUCAGCGGUUUUGGCUGGUGGUGCCUGGCUCUUUUAGAAAGACGAGUCUCAAAACUGAGUAACGUACAAAACAACCAGACAUAAAAUGUUACUAAGAACAGGGGCAGAGUGCUUAUUUAUCUUUAUUUCCAGGUCACGGUGAACCCACCCAACAGACCACCAGAUGCUACUGCCAUGGAUCUCACUACAGGAGAUCAGGUAAAUAGUUUACUUCCUGCCAAAUAUAUAUAUAUUUAAAUAUCCCUGUGAAGUUGGAGGUGUGGUAUGGAGUCUUGUAUUUAACAAGUCACCUGGUCGCCAUAGGUCAUAGGGAUUUCAGGCAGGCAGGCGAGCAGGCUGAUGGAAGAAUGGCGAAUCACUUUGCUGCUGCUCCUUUAGUUCACUUGGUUUCUGUUCUAGCUUUUCCCUUCCAGACAUGCAUAUUAUGAAACAACUGCACAGUCUACUUCCUUUCCUUUUUCCUAUUCUUUGCAGAGUAACUGAGUUACUGUGUUCGCUUCCAUAAAUCUUUGAGUAAAAAGGAAGUGUUGACAGAAGAUCAAAACCAAGUCCAAAAGCAUUUAAAUUGUUAACAGUUUGUGGAGAGAUGAAUCAAUUAAUUUCAGCUCUACAGGGGGACUUUCUACGUGACUAUGGAGUUUAAAGGAUCAUCUCAUUACUCUUUCCUGCCAAUUAUCAGAUUGAUGUUUUAAAUCAAUGAAGAAAGAAUUGUUCUGCCAAGGGAUCAAUCGCACUAUUGAAAUAUGUGUUCUGUGACCCAUGUCCCGACUGAUACGUUUUUUCUUGUUAGUCCUUUUCCAAAAUGUAUAUUAAGAAACAUUUUUCGUAGAGACCAAUGGAGAAAACCCUCAAGUGGUGAUUUACAGGUUGUUGUUUUUUUUAAAAAAAAUACAGUGAAGAAACUAUCACUAUCUGGCAGCCUGAGUACAGAAGGAAAUACUGUGUCGCUGUAAUACAUGUCUUCUGUGAUAUUCUGUGUUUCUCCCAGGGAAUAGGUUUGAGCUUAAUAGAGCUUUAAUUAACUUCAGUAAAUGACUUUUUUCGCAACUUGCAGUAUUUGUGCUGGUUGUAACAAAUAGUGACAAAUUGGGAUUUUCAUGAAUAUCAUUUCAAUCUUGUUACUUUUGUUCCUUUUCAUUCCUGAUUUUAAUACUUCAGGACUUUGUUCUGCUUAUUACUGCAAUCAGACCUAAGAAGCCUUAACUGGCAAAAUCUCUCUCUCUCUUUAUGUUUAGAAAUUAACUAUGUUCCACGCACUGUAGUUAUGCAGCAUCCUGUGAAUUUAUGGGAAUAUGCAUAGUCUCACUAAAGUUGUGGUUGAGUCUAGUUAAAAAAAAAGAAAAGAGGAUUUUAAAUAUUGAUCACAGCUUUUCCUUAAUAUUCGCUCUAAACCACACCCAAGAUUCUGUAAAGUGCAGAAUUUACACCAGCAUUGCUGGCUGCCUCGGACAUGCUUUCACCUCUUUUGAUUCUUUUGCUACCUCAAAUGCCCUUUCGUGGGGUUUUGGAGUUACACAAGAGGACUGGCCUUAAUUCACAACGCUGCUUCUUGUUAAUCUAGCAGAUAAUCUUGUGUGGGGAAUUAAUCCCAUAUUGGGCAGAAGUAAUUCUAUCUCGGACACACUCAAUAGAGUCCCUUGGCCUGCCGCUGAUUGCCAGACGAUGGAAAAACACAGCCUUGGGGGAACAGUUAUUCCCUCGUUCUUUUCUCCUUUCUUGAAGGGAUAGCCAUCCAGCAAUUCAGUUCAUCUUUACCAGGCAUAGGCAAACUCGGCCCUCCAGAUGUUUUGGGACUACAACUCCCAUCAUCCCUAGCUAACAGGACCAGUGGUCAGGGAUGAUGGGAAUUGUAGUCCCAAAACAUCUGGAGGGCCAAAUUUGCCUAUGCUUGAUUUUUACAGAUGCCUUACUCUGUUUUGAGUCCCUUACUACUACUACUACUACUACUACUACUACUACUACUAAUAUUUCGCCCAUCUGGCCAGGUUUUUGAAUGUUUUAUGUAGUUUUAUGUAGUUUUUUCAAUUUCAUUGUUCUGCAUGGGACAAUGACAAUAAAGAUAUCGUAUCGUAUCGUUUCUCCAGCCACUCUGGGCGGUUUUGAGCACAUAUAAAAGCAUAAUAAAACAUCCAACAUUAAAAACUUUCCGAUACAGGGAAGUUUUUGCAACAAUUUUGAAUGCAAACAUUCCUGACAAGGUCACAUUUGUAUGUGUGUGAGCUUAUUAGUAGUCUCACUCACGUGCACACACACCACAUUUUUGUUGUGUAUAGCUGAAAAUUCAGGAAGUCCCUUGUGCGUGAAGCUAGAUAAAUUUGCAAAUUUUUAGGCAACACAUGUCCUGUUCAGAGUGCACUGGAAAGUCAGGGGUUUUUUUUAGCCUUUCCCCCUUUAAUGCUAAGCACUUGCAGAUUUAGUAUAUGCAGCUAUCUGAUGUAGCAUAGUGGCAAAUUGCAUAAUCCUCAGCAUAUGUACUCGGAAGCAAGUUCCACCUUGCUUCAAUGGGAUUUAGUCCCUAAAAAGUGUGUUUGAGAUUUCAGUCUAAGAGUGAGGUUUGAGCCACGAAGCCCCUGCCCCACAUCCACCCCAAUCAAUUAUUUUUGCCUCAACAACAACUUUUUCAGGGCCCAGUAGGGAUUGCAGAGAAAAUGUGUGUGAAGCUCUCUGUAGAAGUAGAAUUCCUCCUCAGGAAUGUAGAAAUGAAACCGCGGACACAGUUUUAUUACUUUACUCUCUCAGACAAUAAAAACUUGAUAUUGCAGGCUGCUUUGAGUCUAUUUAAUAGUCAUUUUCUAAUACGAGGGCCAGCCCUUAAAAUAUGUUAUCAGAGUAGCUCACAAUAAAGUAUCGUAUGUUGUGAAAUAACUGAUGCAAUAAAAUAAGCUAAAAACUGAAAUUCACUAAAAGCAGCCGCUUGGAUAGCAAAUCAGUGUUGUGCUAUCAGUGUUUUAAAGCUCAACAAAAGUUUUAAAAGCUGAAAGCCUGUUAAGAAAACAACAACCAAUGCUUUCACUUGGCACCAGAAAGAAAUUGGAGUGAGCUGGCAGGCAAGCCGCUGAAAAGGUCCUUUCUCCAGUAUUUUAGGUACAGUCUUUAGGUAUCAGAACCCUUUUCUGGGUUUCAUUGCUAAGGAUUCAGAGUAUGGACAAAUACCUGUCUGGGCACAGUUGGUGCUUCAGGUAACCUGGUCCUAAGCUGCAAAGGGCUUUAAUUCAAAAGCAUUUUGAAUUUAGCGUGGAAAGCUCUGUUUCGGUUCUACAGCAGGGAUAGCCAGCAGGGGCGCUUCUGUUGUGGAUAACAAGUCCCUCCAGCCCCAGCCAUUAUGGUCUUUGGCCCAGGAUGGUAGGAGUUGUAUUCUCCAACAACUGGAAGGCGCUGCUUUGAUUCCCCCUGUUGUGCAGCAAUUGCAUGUGUUUAUUGUUCUUGAUAUCAUUAUUAGUAUUUGAAUUUAUAUACCGCCCUAUACCCGGAGGGUUCAGGGCAGUUCACAGAACAAAAUCAAAACAUAAAACCACAAAAUAUAUAAUCAAAAUAAAAACAACAACCCAGUAACACCCCCCCCAAAAAAAAACCCACCAUAUUUUAAAAGGGCAUUGGAUAUCAAUCAAAUCAACCAAAGGCCUGGUUAAAAAGGAAUGUUUUUGCCUGGCACCUAAAGGUGUAUAAUGAAGGCGCCAGGCGAACUUCCCUGGGGAGAGCAUUCCACAGACGGGGAGUCACUGCAGAGAAGGCCCCGUUCUCGUGUUGCCACCCUCCUUGAAGAGGUGGCACACAAAGAAGGGCCUCAGAAGAUGAUUUCAGGGUCCGCAUAUGUCAGGGAACUGCCAUCGGACGGAAGGGAGGUGAAAGGGCUCACACAGGUUGGGAGAGACGCAGCAGCUGAAGAGGGAACCAACAGGGAGGUGAAAGGGCUCACACAGGUUGGGAGAGACGCAGCAGCUGAAGAGGGAACCAGCAGGGGAGAGGAGCUGAGCUGGAGGGAUGGCUCAGAGACACUUCCAGCGAAAACAGUGGGGAAGUUUCAGGACCUCCUGUAAGAACACCCACUCCUCGCCGGAAACUGUCACGCAGAGAUUCCAGAAGACGUGUUUCCGUUAAGGAGCUUUUAUGUUGGAAGCGAUUACGAAAGCAACCACUGUCGGAAUCUGCUAGUGACUAGAGUAGCCAUGUCUGAGGGCUCCGUCACAGACAGAGGUUUGUGGACUUGAACAAACUCUGAGGGGAUACGAUUUUACGCACAAGCAGCUCAUCAUCCCAUCACAGCAUUCCGACAGUCUUUGAAAGCAGCUUGUGCAGGAGAAGGCAUCAUGAGCAACCCAGCCGGAACCGGAGAAGCAGGAGCUGGAGCGGGUCCAAGCCUGGAAGAAAGGUACCAGAUGUUGGAGGUCCAGCUAGCGAUGCAGACGGCGAGGCUUGAGGAGAGGAGGGCUCAGGAUGCAGACAAAGGGGAAAGCCACCCAGUUUGCCAGAAAGGUACCAGGAUUGGUGCAGAAGUUUGGGGAGCCCAAAAACUAUCAUGGUUUUCGGACAGAAAUGCAAUAUGCCCUCAAUCUGCAGUUUGAUGAAUUCCCUGACGAGGAAUCACGAGUGGCUUUCGUGAUUGAGCAUCUUGAAAAGGGGCGAGAGACUGGGUUAGACCCCUGAUGGCAGCUAAUAGUGACGUCUUAAAGGACACGAUGAAGUUCUUUCGCGCCAUGGAUCUGAUGUUUUCCAGCGAUAUUGAAAAGGGAGUGGUGCGCAGACAGUUAAUGGGUUGCAAACAGGGAGCCGAUCUGUCCGUGAGUACUGGACUGAGUUCACCAUGCUUGUUCACAGAUUGGGGUGGGACUUAUCGGCGGAACCCAUUCAGAUGCUCUUUGAAGAAGGGCUUUCUUCGGCUGUGAAAGACGAACUUUCCCGGGCGCCCAGGGCGGAGUCUAUGGACCAGCUGACCAAAUCAGCGCUGGCCAUAGGAGCGCGCCAGGAGGCGAGAGCAUUGGAGAGGCGGGAAGGGAAGGGGAACGUUGGAAGGAGUUCCGCAUUCCAGACAUUCCAGAGCCAACUUUCCCACCGGCAGAGCCGAUGGAAAUCGGAACAGCGCGCGCGCGCAGUUUCAAAGCCCAGUGAGGGGGCAAAGAAGGAGGGAAAAGGCGCCCGGAAAUGCUAUCUCUGCCAACAGCCAGGUCACUUUGCCAGAGUCUGCCCCCAGAGGAAAGAAUGGCAAGGGAUGGUAGGAGCUGUGGAUGGAAGAGAGGAAAAUAUACCGGAGCAAGUAAAAGCCAACGCCUGGCUGCCACUGUCAGGGCACAGCAGCCAGGCCAAAGAGCAGUGAGAGUGCCCACGCCAGAACCUCCUAAACCCGCCCUAGUGAUAGAAGUGACGCUAGAGCUGCCAAACGGACACCCUCUAAAGAUAAAGGCGCUGUUGGACUCAGGCAGCUCCUGCAAUUUCAUGAGCAAAGAGUUUGCAGCUGAACACCAGAUACAGACAAUCCCUUUAAGCAGCCCCCUGCAGGUGACCACUAUCGAUGGCAGGGAGCUGUUGGGUGGAGAAGUCAGCUUGCAGACCGUCCCAAUGAUAAUGAAGGUAGCAAGGCACACCGAACUGAUAGCUUUUAAUGUGGCCACCUUGGGAGGAGCUCCCAUUAUAUUGGGGAUGAGCUGGCUAGCGUUACAUGAUCCGCUGGUGGGCUGGCAUCAGAGAGUGGUUUCUUUUGGUUCAGCACAUUGCUUAGAACACUGCAAAGAGGGAAAGGGUUUGGCAGGGGUCCAAGCCACCCUAGCAGGGACUGAAGUAACAGAGAACGUGAAGGUACCACGACAAUAUGCAGAUCUCCGUGACGUCUUCAGCGAAAGGGAAGCUGACCAACUACCCCCGCAUAGACCCUUUGACUGUCAAAUCAACUUACUCCCUGGAGCACAGCUCCCUGUAGGCAAGCUGUACGCCAUGUCAGACAGAGAGAUGCAGGAGUUAAGAGAGUUCAUUGACAAGAACCUGAAGAGAGGGUUCAUCAGAGAGUCCAGGGCGGCGGGGGUAGCCCAGUGUUUUGUUGUGGAUAAGAAAAACACGAACAAGCCGAGGCUGGUGUGUGACUUCAGGGCCUUAAAUGCAGUGUCAGAACCAGUAGCCUUCCCUAUGCCCAGGAUUGACGACAUUUUGACAAGGGUGCGGAAGGGAAAGAUUUUCACAAAGCUGGACCUAAGGGGGGCGUACAACCUGGUACGAAUAAGGAAGGGGGAUGAAUGGAAAACCACUAUGUUCACCCCUUUAGGGGCAUUUGAAUAUUUGGUUAUGCCCUUCGGCCUACAAGCAGGCUCCGCAACAUUUCAAUCGUUUAUGAACCACGUCCUGGGGCCUUUGCUUUACAAGAAUUGUGUGGCCUUUUUAGACGACGUGUUGGUGUAUUCUGAGAAUGAGGAGCAGCAUGUGAGAGACGUCAGAGAAGUGUUGAGCAGGCUGCAAGCCAACCAGCUGUGGGUGAAACUGGAGAAGUGUCAGUUUCAUACCAAGGAGGUGGAAUUCCUGGGGUAUCGCCUGUCAGACAAAGGAUUGGCCAUGGAUCCCGGCAAGGUCCAGGCGGUGCUGGAAUGGAAAACACCCAAAACAAAGAAGGAUGUGCAGAGGUUCCUAGGAUUUGGGAACUUCUAUCGUAAGUUCAUCCGAAACUUUGCCCACCUGACGGCGCCCAUUACGGACUGUCUCAGCAGUAAGAAGAAGUUCGUGUGGACUGAGGAGGCGGAGCGAGCAUUUGAGGAAAUAAAAGGGCCUUCGCCUCGGAACAACAACUCCUGCAUGUGGAUUUACAAAAACCGAUGAGAGUGGAAACUGACGCAUCAGACAGAGCGAUUGGGGCGGUGCUUCUGCAGCCAGGCAAGAAGGGGUCAGAGUGGAGACCGUGUGCCUUUUUUCGCGAAAGCUGAACAAAUCCGAGAGGAACUACACGGUGUAUGACCGAGAACUACUAGCCAUUCAUGAGGCGUUCCGGAGAUGGAGGCACCUGCUAAUUGGCGCACAACAUAAGGUGCAAGUGUGCACUGACCACAAGAACCUAGAGUAUUGGAGGACGGCACGAGUGCUCAACCAACGGCAAGUGAGAUGGGCCCAGGAGUUCUCCAAAUUUAACUUUGAGAUUAGUUACGUGCCAGGCCCAGAGAACAUUAGGGCGGACGCUCUCUCACGCAAACCUGAAUAUUUGGAGGGGGGGGCACCCGAAGAGAGACAUGUCAUUCCAGAAGACCGCUGGGUGUGUGGGGCGGCAUUGGUGGGACAAAGAGAACUGGUAGAGGAAACAGAGAAUGAUGAAUACGCCCAGAAUAAGCUCAGAGGUCUUAGGGGUGAUGGAGAGGAACCAGGGGUUUUCGAGGAAAGAAAUGUAGCUUUGUAUUACAAAGGGGCACUGUAUAUCCCUGAAGGAGACUUAAUGGGGAGGGUACUCAAGCAGUUGCACGACAGCCCUACGGCGGGGCAUUUUGGACAACACAAAACCAUGUGGUUGGUCACCAGGGAAUUUUGGUGGCCUAAGGUGAGGGAAGAUGUACGUGAGUAUGUAAGAGGGUGCGAGCAAUGCCAGCGAGCCAAAGGGGAAAGGCGGGCGCCGGCGGGGCUAUUAGAACCCUUACCAACCCCAGAACGACCUUGGGAGGCAGUGUCGAUAGAUUUUAUGACUGAUCUGCCGAAGUCCAAAGGGAAAACAGCCAUCAUGGUGGUGGUAGACCUACUAACAAAGAUGUGCCACUUUGUAGCUUGCUCGCAUGCAGUCACGGCGGAAGAGACAGCGAAGUUAUUUGUAGAAAACAUUUUUAGGUUGCACGGGGUGCCAUUGAGGGUGGUCUCAGACCGAGGAAAACAAUUUACUUCCAGGUUCUGGAGGAAGCUCAUGAGCUUACUGCAGGUGGAGGUCAAUUUUUCGACUGCCCGGCACCCUGAAACCAACGGGCAGGCGGAAAGAGCAAACGGUGUCCUCCAGCAAUACCUGAGGUGUUAUGUCAAUGACAGAGAGAAUGACUGGGUAGAAAAGUUGGCGCUGGCGGAAUUUGCCUACAACAAUGCCGAGAAUGUGUCCACAGGGAUGAGCCCCUUCUUGGCUAAUUAUGGGUGUCAUCCCAGGGCUUUCCCAGGGGAGAGGGGAGAGAUGGAGCGUCCCGGCAGCCGAGCAUUUUGUGGAAGAAAUGGAAGCAAUCCAUCGUCAGCUCCAACUCAACUUAGAAAGGGCGAAGGAAGAAUACAAGAGGCAGGCAGACAAGAACCGAAGGGAAGGUGAAACCAUAAGGGUGGGAGAUAGGGUGUGGCUGUCAACCCAAGGGUUGCCGUUCAAAGGAGGUUGUAAGAAAUUAAGACCCAGGAGGUUGGGUCCCUUUGAGGUCAUUCAACAGGUCAACCCAGUGGCUUUCAGGCUCCGGUUACCCAACCACAUGAAACUGCACCCAGUAUUUCACAGGUCGUUACUGUCACCGUACGAAGGGGGACGAGAAGGGCUGGCCCCUCGGGGACCGGUCGUAGAAGAAAGAGAAUGCAGCAGCCAUGUGGCAGAAAUCCUCGACGCCAGGUGGAAGGGGGAUCAGGUGGAGUAUUUGGUAGCGUGGGAAGGAGAACCGGAGUCAGAAAACACUUGGGUAAUGGCUGAAGAUAUCAAUGACGAGGUAUUGAUAGAAACGUUCCAUCAAAGGUUCCCAAGGAAACCUCAGCCUGUGGAGAGGUUCCGGAGGGAAUACUUUGGGACCACUGAUGAAGGGGAGGAGUUGGAAGGAUUCCCGGACUCGGAAGGGGAAGGGGAGAUGGACUCUGAGGAGGAGGUGUACUUCGAGACUAGGAACCGCAACAGGUUGAGAGAAGUGUUCGAGACAUCGGAAGAUGAAGGAAGUUCAUUCCGGGGUUUUGCCUCCUCACCGCCCGUAGAGGAGGGGGCGAGAGGGGUGAAGGGGGCCCUGGAGGGGAGGUGGAUGUCAGGGAACUGCCAUCGGACGGAAGGGAGGUGAAAGGGCUCACACAGGUUGGGAGAGACGCAGCAGCUGAAGAGGGAACCAACAGGGAGGUGAAAGGGCUCACACAGGUUGGGAGAGACGCAGCAGCUGAAGAGGGAACCAGCAGGGGAGAGGAGCUGAGCUGGAGGGAUGGCUCAGAGACACUUCCAGCGAAAACAGUGGGGAAGUUUCAGGACCUCCUGUAAGAACACCCACUCCUCGCCGGAAACUGUCACGCAGAGAUUCCAGAAGACGUGUUUCCGUUAAGGAGCUUUUAUGUUGGAAGCGAUUACGAAAGCAACCACUGUCGGAAUCUGCUAGUGACUAGAGUAGCCAUGUCUGAGGGGCUCCGUCACAGACAGAGGUUUGUGGACUUGAACAAACUCUGAGGGGAUACGAUUUUACGCACAAGCAGCUCAUCAUCCCAUCACAGCAUAGGUUCAUAUGGAAAGAGGUAUUGCAGUCCUGAUAAAGGAGGAGAUGUGUGAUAGAAGUAUACAUAGUGUGUAGAAAAUGAUCAGAAAGAGGGUUUUCUCCCUCUCUCAUAGUACUAGAAUCCCGGGGCCAUCUAAUGAGGUAAUAAUAAUAAUAUUUUUGAUCAGGCAUCGCUCUUUAUGCUGUGAAGUUAUUAUUUUAAUUUUGAGUCCUGAAAUCUUACUUUCUUUUAAUAUUCUUAAAAUUAUUUGGUGUAUUUGUUAACAAAACUAUUUGUUUCUGAGAAACACUUUCCUAAUAUGUAGCAGUCCCCACCUUCCCACUUCCUUGCAGUCCUUCAUUUCGUCAUCCAUGAUGCACAAUAGCCAUAAUUAGAGGGAAACUUGCAACUGACAAUCCCAUUAAACAGCUAUGCCUUUACACCUAUUAGUAUCGGCUUUUGUGACAGCACUAGAGUUACUAGCACCAAUAGAACCUGAAAGAAAAAGGGGGGAAAAUGCCUCUGGUUAGUACUUGGCAGUGUGUAGAAAUGCACAAUUAAUCCAAUUUAGAACAUUGUAAACGAUAUCGCGGCCAAAAAUUUAAAUGCAUGCUUAACUCGAAGCAAUGAUUGUUAAUCUCACCCUCGUUGAUAAUUUAACCCAAGUGUUGGAUUACUUUGCUGCUUCUCUUUUGUAUUGCUACUCCGAAUCGAGAGAUAAAGCUUAUUUUGAUGGCAUGGUUUCAAGUGCUUGCCUUGGCAGAACGUAGUGGGAAAGAAUGAACCACUUUGAAUUUAUCUGAAUGGGAACAGCAGAUGCAGCAAUCACUCAGGCCUGGAAUAUACAGAUCAUAAAUACAAAGGUUUUGCUCGUGUAUGGAAUCGUGCACAGUUGGUUUCUGGAAUAAAUCUUAGACCAAGAGUGUUCAUUUCAUCCCAGUGCAGUGGAACUUGCCGCCAGACUGCCGCUUCUUGCAGCCCAAGGUAAAGUGAGAAAUCUUGGGCAGGAACAUCUUGCAGCUCGCUCCAAUUCUUGUGUUAACUCUGUUUGUGAAGGAGUUGACGCUAGCAUGGGAAGGAGCUGCAAGUUGGGUUCCUCCUGUGUAUUACGAGCCUUCUCUCAUUACCUUGCAACGCAGGUUAGGUGCAAAACAGCUUCCAUGCCUACAUUUGCAGGCUGAUUAUGACAACUGAGAGCUGUUCUGUGCACUGGGCAAAAUGAAUUGUUUGAUGGAGGUGGCAGAGUUUUACACUGUACCACUUUAGCCUGCCAGUUUGGGGAUGGGUGGAUUGCACUUUUCACUUCUCUUCCUGUAUAUUGUAAACGAGCAUAUCAGAAAGAAAAUAAAGCUUUCACAUAGCAUUCUCCCUGGUGUGCUAAUUUGACCACAUGCUGAAGCCUGGUUAUGCAGGAAAGCAUUCACUCUGAACUGCUUCUUUAUAUUGUCAGGUAUCUACCAAAGAUGGGACGCGGGUGGCGCUGUGGGUUAAACCACAGAGCCUAGGACUUGUUGAUCAGAAGGUUGGCGUUUCGAAUCCCCAUGACGGGGUGAGCUCCCGUUGCUUGGUCCCUGCUCCUGCCAACCUAGCAGUUCGAAAGCACGUCAAAGUGCAAGUAGAUAAAUAGAUACCGCUCCAGCGGGAAGGUAAACGGCGUUUCCGUGCGCUGCUCUGGUUCUCCAGAAGUGGCUUAGUCAUGCUGGCCACAUGACCCGGAAGCUGUAUGCCGGCUCCCUCGGCCAAUAAAGCAAGAUGAGCGCCACAACCCCAGAGUUGGCCAUGACCGGACCUGAUGGUCAGGGGUCCCUUUAUCUUUACCUUUAUCUACCAAAGAUGUAUCAUUUUAGGCUCUUAUGAAUCUCUUGCCUAUCUGUUGUUGGUCACCAUUGCCCUCUCCCUUCUAUUUACAUGCUGACAGUGGUAAAGAUUAUAAACUCCUUGGAGCUAGCCUUUUUUUUCAUUGUUAGUCCUUUUAUUUGCUUGCUUUUUUGCCACCCAUCUGACCAGGUUGCCCCAGUCAAUCCGGGCGGCUUUCAACAAACUAAAACAUCAAAUGCAGUAAAACAUCAAACUUUAAAAACUUCCUUGCCUUCAGAUAUCUUCUAAAAGUCAGAUAGUUGUUUAUUCCCUUGACAUCUGAUGGGAGGGUGUUCCACAAGGUGGGUGCAACUACUGAGAAGGCCCUCUGCCAGGUUCCCUGUAACUUCACUUCUCACAGUGAGAGAACCAUCAGAAGGCCCUUGGAGCUGGACCUCAGUGUCUGGGCUGAACUAUUGUGUCAUAUACACUGGUGGUACUAUAUAUGGACCCCUUACAGAUUGACAGCUUUCAGGAAAAUGCCACAAAGAUAAAAUUAACAUAUCCACCCCCCCUUCAAGUUCUAGUCCCAAAUCAAAUUGACACACAAUCUCUUUUUUUUUUUGCCAAAAGUUAAAGAUGCAAUUCUUUUAAUUGGGUCCUUUGCUGCUAAGUAUCUGUGUUUUAUUACCAAAGUAUUGCAUGCUUUUCCAGAGAAAAAUUAUUUUCAGUAUGGAGAUAUAUUGUAUUGGAACACCUGCUAUUGUGACAGACCCCACCCUACCCAUUCAUAAAACAGUAUGUGAUUGUAUAACAAGACUGCUGUUUUCCUUAGUUUUGCCAGUGACCUUUAUUGUUGACAGCAGGCAAGACUGAAAAAUUGAUGCCGACAGGUUGAAUAUUGCCUUUCCUCUUUUGAUCUGGCAGAACUCCUAAAUUGUUAGGAAAUAAAACUUGACAAUUUGUGUUAUUAAUUGGCGAGCAAUCCAACCAUAUUAUGACCAACUUCAGUCUAAUGCUGCUAAUCAAUUGACUUUUGUUAUGGUCUAAAGACGGAUCGGUUUUUAUAUGCUAAUUGAAAUAAUACCAUCGUUGGAGCAGUGCAGAAGUCAGAGCUUUUUGAAUCUCUGCCUUUGCAAAGUCUUGUAUUUUUUUAAAAGACUAUUUACUUGUUGAAUUAAGACACAGUUCAGAAGAUUUCAUUUCCCCAUAUGGCAUCAUUGGCAUAGCUAUAAUAGAAGCAUACAGAAGAAGUAACCAGUUGGGAUAUUGUUAAGUCUAGGAGAUUUACUAAAUGCCUGUUGCCCUGGUAGGAGUUCUGUCCAUGUGAAACAGCUGUUCUGUGCCUGCAUCCUCACACUGGCUCCAUCUCAAGAGGCAAGUGUGCUUUAGCAGUCCAUCCACCCUCCAAAUGCAGAAGUUGCUGUUUAUAUGCUUCUGUGGUGGGCAAACUAAAUCUGGACUCAUAAACAGACAGGGUAUGCAAAUUGAGACCCACCACACUGUAUUCAUAAGCCAGAGUCAGGUCACACCAGCACAGAACCUAUGAGUCCUCCAUCGCUCUGUUCCUGUGAACCCAUUUCAAAUGCUGUUGUCUCUGUCACAGCGCAUGUCAUUAAUUGCACAUCAACAUGUUCUGCAUGAGGGUUUCUAGAUUUGCUUCCUAGCACAGGUAGGAGCAACAUAACAGACACAAUCUCAUCUUUUCUGGUUGUUUAUACCAGGGAUGGUGAACCUGUGGCCUGCCUGAAGUUGUUGGGCAACGGCUCACAUAAUCCCUGACAAUUACACUGGGCAACAGUUUUUUACUUUUUGAAUGUUGUCUAGAUUUCUACAACUGAUUUAGGGUAUUUUUGCACUGCUGAAUCAGGAAAUGGCAUCCGUUUCUCUCCAUCAGGUCAGGUUUACUGUAAACUGCAUGUACACGUAAAUUGCAUGUUGCUUCACCAUUUUUCAAACUUCAGGGCUUGAACUUCCAUUUCUUGGAACUCCUGGAAUGCUCAGUGGCAGGGAGGUCUCUCUUCAGAGUCCAACAGUAGUCAGCCAUCAUGACUGCGUCCCAGCGACCCUGAUACCUGGUCUCCAUCUCUUUCAUGUCCUGAUGGAAUCUCUCCCCCUGCUCAUCACUCAUUGAACCCGGGUUCUCAGGAAACCGGUCCAUAUGUGAAAAUAGGUAGUGCAUCUUGAUGCUCAUGUUGCAGCCCAGGUUUCUGAAAGCAGUCAGCAUGUUGUUAACAAGUUCUGCGUAGUUUCUGACCUUAUUGUUGCCCAGAAAGUUCUUCACUACCAGAACAAAUGCCUUCCACGCUUCCAGUUCCACUUCGUUCAUUGAGUUUCCGAACUCUGGAUCUCUGAUGAGCUGACGGAUCUGAGGACCGUCAAAGAUGCCAGCUUUCAACUUCUCCAUGGUCAAUCCUGGAAAAGCCUGGCACAAGUAAGUGAAGCAGUCACCAUCCUUGUCCAGAGCCUUGGUGAACUGCUUGAUUAAGCCGAGCUUGAUGUGCAGUGGUGGGAAGAGUAUUCUGUCUCUGUCCACCAGAGGGUCAUUGAUGACGUUCCUUUUUUUGCAAGGCACCAAUUCCUCCCACACAGGCCAGUCCUUCUUCGUGUAAUGCUGAGCACGGUCCCUACUAUCCCACAUGCACAGAAAACAUGGGUACUUGGUGAAGCCAGACUGUUGUCCCAACAAAAACUUCACCAUCUUCAGGUCAACACAAAUAAACCACUUAUGCUGAUCAUAACCAAUUUUCUCCAGCACAUACUUCACCGCUUCAUAGUUCUCCUUCAGUGUACUCGAGUGAGCCAGAGGUAUAGAGGCAAACUGGUUGCUGUUGUGUAGCAGAACACAUUUCAGUGAUCGCUUGCUGCUGUCAAUGAACAGUCUCCAAUCUUUGGGUUUGUACUGUGGCACUCCACGCUUGAGCAGAAGCUGCGCAAUAUCUGCACAGUACACCAAGUCCUUCUCUUCCGAGAAAAAACGGAGGUACUCUUGAUGCCUGUUGCGGAAGAAGCUGAUGCGAGCACUUCAGAGAGGAGGUUUUUUUCCUUCAAUCUGGAUGCCAACAGUUCGGCAGAGUCCUUUGACAAGCUGAGGUCGCGAACUAGAUCAUUCAACUCCUUUUGGGAAAAUGGAUGUGGAGCAUCAUCUUCAAGAACCACUUCUUCUUCAUGUCCUUCAACACUGGAGGCAUCUUCGUCACUAAUGUCAGGAAGUUCUCCGAAGAUAGGCACUGGAAUUUCAUCACAAUGAGCUACAGGACGACGUGCUGAUUGAAGAUCAGGAUUAACUUAGUUUUGAUCCCCCAACUUUAUGCUUUGCCGCACCAAUUUAUGGAAGAUUUUGAGGUUUUAUGACUUCAAACUGAUCCCUUUUCGACAUAAUCACCCAGAACUAUAGGACCUGAAUACUUCUUGUCAUUAAAAUAAUCUUUCCCAAUCAAAACAAUUAUUCAACAUGGCAUUUUACCCCCACCAACUUCUUCUAAAAUGCUCCACACAAGCGUACAUGUGAACAAAAACGUAAAAAACCGACAUGUGGCCAUAGCUCAAAAACCUGACCUGAUUGAGCAAAACCAAUGUGAUUUUUGGAUUCAGCGCAUUAGAUUCGUCCUAAAUCAACUGAAAAAACGCAGACAACAAAUUUGUUUUUGACCAGUGUAAUCAAUCAAUACAAAUCUGAGGUUCUUCCCCUUUUCACAAAAGACUGCCCCCCUAACAAAAUCCUGGCUAUGCCCAUGCUGGCUGGAGCUGCUGUGAAGUGGAGCUCAACAACUUCCAGAGCCAUGGUUCCCAAUGUGGGGCAUAUGCCCCACAGGGAGGCAAUUUGAUUUUUAAGGGGGGCAAUUUGAGAAUGAGUUAUUAACAGUUAAUGGCCUUUUAGGCUUCCUCCAUGUGAAUAGGACUUCCCUUUCUGAAUAAUAAGAAUUAUAUGUCACCGGCGGGGGCUGGGGGGAGCAUCAGGAUAUUAGAGAUGCUUAGGUGGAGCAUGGCUCAAAAAAGGUUGGGAAACCACUGUUCUAGAGGACCACACGUUCCCAUCCUUGCUAUUAAUAAACAAAUAGAGAGGGACAGGGUUACUUGUGGAAUGUCCCCGAAUGAUCAACCUUGAACCAUGAUCAUUUCAAGUCAGUAUAACCUUGUAGCGUGGGUGUCUAUGGAUGUUAAAAUUGUCUGUACAGUGGUACCUCGGGUUAAGAACUUAAUUAGUUCUGGAGGUCCGUUCUUAACCUGAAACUGUUCUUAACCUGAGACACCACUUUAGCUAAUGGGGGCUGCCGCCGCCACGCAAUUUCUGUUCUCAUCCUGAAGCAAAGUUCUUAACCCGAGGUACUAUUUCUGGGUUAGCGGAGUCUGUAACCUGAAGCGUCUGUAACCUGAAGCGUCUGUAACCUGAGGUACCACUGUAGUUUAGACAGCAUGGGUGUUAUCUGCCCAUUCGACCCCAGAGUCACAACUUCCAGAAAGUAGGAGUGAUUCUGAAAAAGUCAGAAAUGAUGUGCUCGUAGCUCUCUUUAAACUUUGCAGCAACGAAAAGCAUUUGUACUACGGUAAAGAAAUCCCAUGCAUAAACUUGAGUUUUGUUCAGUCACACGUGUAAUCAGGUAGUGUAUGGGAAAGCGUACAGUGUGCAUACAGACUACGGGCUGCCCAAAGGAUCAGUCUGAGGAGUGAAAAGCAAUAAGAAGCGACGUGAAUGAAUCUUUGAAAGCUGAAGGUUCCUGUGAAAGUAACAAAUACUGAAACUCUGUGGCUCUUGGCUAUAUUUAAAAUAUCUCCCUUGAUUUUGAAGAAGUGUCUUUAAAUAUGACUUCGGUGCAACCAUAAAGCCGUGCGCACACACACACACAUAUGAAUUCUGUCCUAUGUACAACAGCAAGCUCUCAUUUUCUUGGGUGCUAAUCCUUAUGUAACCCAAAAAGGGCACAAUCCACACCUGCGAGAGAUGACAGCAAGUGUGCAGAGCCCUAAUGUUUGCAGAACUAAUAAAAACAUUUUAAGACAAAAAAAAGGUGAUCUGAGCAUGCUCAGUAGGCUGACUCUUUGAAGGGGAGCCUGCGGGAACGGGGAACGAAAUGGCUGGCUGGAAACCCUGAGCAGCAACAUUUUGUUGCAGACCUCACCUAAAAACAGAGCUCUGAAUUCACUUCUUUAUUUAAGAUGAACACAAAUGGCAUGUAUUGUUUUUUUGGAUUACUAGUAGUUCUGAAUCAUUUGCUUCAAAAUGAAGGUUGUGUUUCUCCCCCCACUGCCACUGCCCUUCUGCCUUGGCACAUUCAGGUGGGCAUUUAUUCGGGCACUGCAGUCUGGAGAAGUUAUGGGGAAUGGUAAUUAUAUCUUGUCUUCAGCCUGUCCUGCCUACUGGGUCGAGGAACGCAGCUGUCCUGAGCUCAUUAUAUUUUAUUAUGGUGUCUUACGACAGACAUCUCCUGUCUGUGUUUUGCUUGCUGCAAUUCAUUGUGAGGUUCUUUGGAUAUUAAUUGCUUUGUUCUAUGAUGCUGGCCAUAACAUUUCUUGAACAUUUCUAGGCAGUAUGGAAAGAAUAUCAAUUGUUCGGCAUAUAAAUAAAUAAAUUGUACUCCUGGCAAAAAAAAAAAAAAAGUUGCCGCUGUUUUCAGUUGUUUAAUAAUUCCUAAUAUUUAUUAUUUUUUUAUCCAUAGGCUGCUUUGUAUCGCCUGAGUGGAGAUUGGAAUCCUUUACACAUUGAACCUGGUUUUGCUGCCCUUGGAGGUAAGUUUGAAGGAACUCUCUUUUGCUUUAUUUUAUUGACAGGAGUCACAAAUGCAUUUUCAGCUUUUUCAGCAAUAUUCUUUUUUUUUUUUUAAAUGCAUUUAAGGUUUGAGAAUUGACAACUGCUGAAAUAAAAAAAUUAACCAAAUGUUGAAUUUUCAGCUGGUAACUGGUAUUUUUGAAGUAUAGGUGGUUUCCCAUAAUUUUGAGUUCUAAACCAAUUAUUUCAUUCUACCACUUUCCAGGUGGCAGGAUUGCAAGUUGUAGUUAUCUUUUCCUGCCUUUCAUUUAGCUUACCUCGGAACCUUGCUCCCAUGAGGAAUAUAUAAACCAAAAUUCAGAGAGCUGCUCUUAGGCACUGAGCGUGUCUGCUGCAUUUUUUUUUUUUAGCGUUUUAUUUGAAUAGCAAUGACACAUCAGAAACAGUUUAGGGGGUGUUCACACAUUACAUCCAACACGUAUGCAAUCUUUGUACAAAACAGUUGAGCUGCAAACCUGUACAAGUAUUCACAUCUAACGUUCAAAAAGUAAAUAAUCUUUGUUCAUGUGUACUCAAGAACCGAGCUAUACAAAUCAGCAAGCACACACUCUUUCACAUGUACAUGGGUGAAGGCAGCUUUUAUCAGUGUCACACGUGAACAAAGCUUUUCAAAUGGGGUUUUCUAUAAAGUAUGGCAAGAAAUAGAAGUCCAAAGUCUGCUUGAGUAUACUGAAAUAUCCUGUGUUCCUGUGUGGCAGAAACUGACCCCUCUGUGCCUUGUCUGUCCACUAUAUGGAGAGUUGCCAAUAUAGCACACAUAAUUACAAUGAAUGUAAACAUAAAACUAACUAUGUGCUGGCAGGCUGUAUGUUCUUGGUUUCUUGCGGUAGAUCUUUUUCAUACUUCUGUUGAAAUUUCCUAUCAAUUUUUUUUUUUUAAGUAUGGCAGUGCUCACAGAGAAGGCUGUAAGAAUGUUUCAGAUUUAUAGGAGCUGGUAUCAUGUUUUGAUAAUUCAAAACAAUAAAGCAUCUUGUGGCCUGUUAAAAACAAAACAAAAAUGUAAUGAAUUGAUGAGGUGGACUGUGGUCCGUGAAAACUGAUGCCAAAAUAGAUUUGUUAAUUUUAAAGCGGCCACAAGAUGCACUGCUGCUUCUGGAAAAGGGUUAAAUUUGAAAGCAAUUGCAUAUGGUUCCCUCACUUUGCGCGCAGAUUGAGCAAAAGGUUAAUUCUUCCCAGCUAUUUGUGACCCAUCAUUAUGGGUACCUCAGAUUCCAUUCUAUCCGUAUUUGUUCUUUUCCCUCUUUUCUUUGCUUGCACACCUCCCUUUAUCUGAAGAUCACAUUUGUAUUCCACCUCAAUGUUGUAAAAGCACCAAAUGCAGCUGUUCAUGAUAAACAAAACAUAUAACCCAAUCCAAUAACAAAACUAAACAAAUUUUGAAAACCGACUAAAACAGCAGAAAUAGCAACGCUAAUGAAAUCAACCAUCAAGCACCUAAAACAUUGGGGAAUUCAACAUUUUACUCAGUUCCAAAAAUGCUGCAAAACUUGAGCCAUUCUGGACUUACUGGGAACAAUGUUCCAUUAAUGGGAAGUCACUAGACACUGUCUGUCUGUCUGUCUGUCUGUCUCACUCACUCUCACACAGAUAGGCUGCCAUAUAACUACAGUGGUACCUCGAGUUACGAACUUGAUUUGUUCCAGAAGUCUGUUCUUAACCUGAAACUGUUCUUAACCUGAGGUACCACUUUAGCUAAUGGGCCUCCUGCUGCCGCCGUGCUGCCGCCGUGCGAUUUCUGUUCUCAUCCUGGGGCAAAGUUCUUAACCCAAAGUACUACUUCUGGGUUAGCGGAGUUUGUAACCCGAGGUGUUUGUAACCCUAGGUACCACUGUACUCUACAAAGAUGAUGAUAAUAAUAAUUUAUACCCCGCCCAUCUGGCUUGGUUUCCCCAGCCGCUCUGAGCAGCUCCCAACAGAAUAUUAAAAACACGAUAAAACAUCAAACAUCAAACAUUAAAAACUUCCCGAUACAGGGCUGCCUUCAGAUGUCUUCUGAAAGUCAGAUAGUUGUAUUUUCUUGACAUCUGGUGGGAGGGCCUUCCACAGGGCUGGCACCACUACUGAGAAGGCCCUCUGCCUGGUUCCCGGUAACCUCAAUUCUCACAGUGAGGGAACCACCAGAAGGCCCUUGGAGCCGAACUUCAGUGUCUGGGCUGAACAAUGGCGGUAGAGACGCUCCUUCAGGUAUACUGAGCCGAGGCUGUAUAUAUGGGGAAAUCAAGGAAAAGAUCUUACAAGCUGAUCUUAAGGAAGAGGCAAACGUCAGAUGCUAAGAGCAAAAUCAUCAUUUUUGCAUUGUAUCUAGAAUCAAACCGUGAGCCAGUGAAUAUCUUUACACCCUAGCCAAAUAGCCCCUUCUUAAUAAUUGGUUUGCCUUUUUCAAAAAAUGAGGUGAAGUGUCUCCAGGCUUUAUAAAGGUUAUAAGAGGAUACGAUACUGCAGACAUUUUAUCUGAGCAUCUCUGCUUAUCCCAUUUUUGGUUAACAUCCUCUUCAGGUGUUACUGGCUUGGGGAGUAGAACGGGACAUUGGAGCCACAAAUUUAGCCUCGCCUUCAAAGUUGUGCAAAUUCUUCCACUCCCUUGCAUGGUGAAGAUGAAGUUCUGCAGUGGCCUUUUCUAUCUGGAGGCAACUGAGAGCCCUGGAAUAUUGGGGUUUCCUCAUCAUGAGAGUGGCUGGUAGAGUCAUGUGACCUCUGGGGCAAGCCCUCCCAUAAUGCACCUGUAUUGCCCCUCCAAGCCACUAAUUCCUGAAAAGUCCUUUAGCAGAGUAUGAGUUAAAUGCCGAUGAUCCUUGGAGCGCAUUUCUAAAUGUAGACAUGUUGUGUAAGAAAUGCAACACUUUAUUUGUAUUCUCUUAAUAGGAUUUCAGAAGCCCAUAUUGCAUGGACUUUGUUCUUUCGGAUUUGCUGCCAGGCAUGUUUUGAAACACUUUGCAAAUAACGAUGUGACCAAGUUCAAGGCAAUUAAGGUCUGUUAAUGCUUCUCCUGGGAUAUUUUGUGUUCAUUGCGAGAUGAAGACAAGAUUUCUUAAUUGCACUUAAGAUGCAGACAUAAAAUACAAUUUGUUGUGUCACGUUGACACUUGAUUUGAUGUUACCUCACGUGUUUUACAUACACUGUACUUUUUUGUUUGCUAUUAAUGUACAUUAUAAACGCCUCAAUUAUACUUUCCUUUUUCUUGUUCUAUUUAUCUGCAGUAAGUAUUUGUCAUUUUUCAGCCACAAAGUUUUCGAAGCAAUUUACAUAAUACAACGCAAUUUGCGUAGUGGCUUACAAACAUAUUUUAGAGAAGUUGUUUACAGUUCCAUUGGGGCAGGCUUGCAUUUGUUGAUGCUGUCCUUAAAAUAAAGGGAAUAGGCUCCUGCAGUUCUUUCCACAGUCUUAAUGGUCUUUAGAGGAUGGAGUUUGUCAACUUCGGUGGCAGUGCUUAAGCUGAGUAAUCCAAACUGCAUCUUUCCACAAGCAAACACAUAAAGUGAAUGUGAGGGAUAACAGCGAAAACAGCCAUAGCAAAAUGUUUCUAAUAUUUCAUAGGAUUCCUCCCCCAUCCCUGUUAAAGCAUACCUAUCUUUUCCUUGUGUUAGGUGCGGUUUGCAAAACCAGUUUACCCGGGACAAACUUUGCAAACAGAGAUGUGGAAGGAAGGAAACAGGAUUCAUCUUCAGACCAAGGUCAGUAGGGUGAAACCAAGAUUUGUGGCAGUUAAAACAAAACAGUACCCUAGAAUGGAUCUCUUCCUGUGCGCAUAAAUCCCAUUCAUUUCAGUGGGGAUUGAGUGGAUCAAAUUGUAUGCAGCUAACAUAUAGUUCCCCCAUCUCCCCGGAGAGAAUCUGUAAAGAUCCCAUGACAAAUAACCACACUUGUGUCUCUCCAGAGUGGUGCAUGCUCUGGUUAUCUCCCACUUGGACUACUGCAAUUCACUCUAUGUGGGGCUACCUUUGAAGGUGACCCGGAAACUACAACUAAUCCAGAAUGUGGCAGCUAGACUGGGGACUGGGAGUGGCUGCUGAGACCAUAUAACACCGGUCCUGAAAGACCUACAUUGGCUCCCAGUAUGUUUCCGAGCACAAUUCAAAGUGUUGGUGCUGACCUUUAAAGCCCUGAACAGCUGUGGCUCAGUAUACUUAAAGGAGAGUCUCCACCCCCAUCGUCCAGUCCGGACACUGAGGUCCAGCUCUGAGGGCCUUCUGGCGGUUCCCUCAGUGCAAGAAGUGAGGUUACAGGGAACCAGGCAGAGUGCCUUCUCAGUAGUGGCGCCCGCCCUGUGGAACGCCCUCUCAUCUGAUGUCAAGGAAAUAAACAACUGACUUUUAGAAGACAUCUGAAGGCAGCCCUGUUUAGGGAAGUUUUUAAUGUUUGAUGUUUUAUUGUAUUUUUAAUAUUCUGUUGGGAGCCACCCAGAGUGGCUGGGUAAACCCAGCCAGAUGGGCGGGGUAUAAAUAACAACAACAACAAAACAACAACAACAACAACAAAACAACAACAACAAUAAUUUAUUAUCAUCAUCAUCAUCUUGUCGUUUACCUCAGGCAGCAAAGGGUCUUGGGCCGACUAGGGAAACCAGGUGUAUUUAUGGCUCAUGAUUGAGUCUGCUGACAACAAGGAUAAUAUUGGACUCGGGAGUCUUUGGAGGUGGAGUCAGUGUAAUUUACCAUUUAUAAUGUCUGCCAAGACCCACGUUCCAAUCUCUACUCAGCCAUGAAGCUCACCCAAUGACCUUGGGCCAGUCACCUUCCCCCAGUGUAACCUACCUCACAAGGUUGUUGUGACAGAGGAACAGAAACCUCAUAUGCCACCUCGUGCUCCUUGCAGGAAAUACAUGUGGUCAUAACUUGGGUGUGGAAGUGGGAAGUUAGUUCUGUACUAAAGACGUCUGGGAACAAGCGCAGGUAAGGGCUAGGAGCAUAAGAAGCUACAUCUAUCAGGUAGGACUGUUUGUCUACCUAGUCUGGUAUUAUCUCAUCUGCCAGCAUCUCUCCAAGGUCCCAGGUGGAGGUCUUUCCUAUCAUCUGCAACCUGUUCCUUUUAAACUAAAGAUCCCAGGCAUUCAACCUGGGACCUUCUGAAUGCAAGCGUUGUGCUUGGCCCCUGAGCCACAGUCCAUCACUUGUCCUCAUAGGACUUCGGAAUAGCUACUCCACUUCCUUUGCCCCUGAUAUUUUUUUCCUUGUAAAAACAAGGUUGAGGGUUCUGGAAAGGAGAAUUAGAAUAGCUGUUCAAAACCUCAGUUCAGUUUGCUCAAUCUCUUCCAGCCCACAUGCAUACUGCUCUUUUUUAAGGCAAACUUUGUUGGCAUCUUUAAAAAUGCAUGUAAAGAGAGUUUUUGAUAAUGCUGUUGACCUUGAGUCUCUUGGCGUCUCUUCCCCAGUCUUUGUGGUUCUAUAAUCUGUUUUUGGAAAUCAUUUUCGUUCCCUUAAUUUCAUAGAAGACCCAGAGUGGUAGAUAAACUGAAAAAGGCGAUUGCCCCCGAGCUUUAAAAGUAAAUAAAGAUGUAAAAAGCAGCAAACAACAUUUUCUUUCUUCCUAUCCUUUUUUUUUAAUAGCGCCAAUUAAAUAGCAGCAGCUUGUUAAACACUGGCAGCCUGCCCUCAAUGUUUAUUCAUACACAGUAUGUUUGGCUAAAACAUGAAGCCCUUUCACUGACAAGUCUGUAUUUAAUAUUUGAAAUGAUUGGAACUGAUUAUUUCCUCUCUGCUCUUGUGGCUUUUUAACCCACCGGAACAUUGUCACUGAUUGUUCUUAGGUUUUCUUUCAUUAAGCCAUACUUGAUUUUAUGAAAGGAUGCAAGCAAAAUGGUUCUGGCUUUAGGAUAGUUUGCUUAAUUAUUUCUAUUUCAACCCUUUCUUUCCUUUGCUAGAUUUGACCUGUGCAAUUUAAGAUGCAAAGAAGAUCUUUAAAUUGUUCUAAUAUAGCUAUUGUUCUGUUUAUAAUAUGUUCAGAUUUUUCAAACACGCACUGGUGCUGUAGAAAUUGCUUAUAUUUGAUUUUUUUUUCCAGGUCAAAGAGACAGGGGAGGUUGCAAUUGGAGGAGCGUAUGUCGAUCUCACCUCAUCCUCUGAACAGCCUUCAGCUAAGGUAGGGAAAGUGUGAAAGUGUGAGACAUUGCUUUGUAUGAUGAAUUCAAGAACAGUUUAUAUGCUACACUGAAUAAUGAAAAUGAGUUGGAUAGAAAACUAGUCACGCUUAGAGUAGACACAUUAAAACUGAUGGGACUUAAGUUAGUCAUGAAAUGGUAAUAAUAGCAGCAAACCUUUGCAUUAUGACCCAAAUCCUUCACCCUCCCAGAAAACAGUUUCUGUGAUGUAUUUCACUCCAGCCAAUUUGCAUUCAUUUGUUUAAUUUUGCAUAAAUCCUGGCUUUGCAAGUCAUCACGAGAGGAAUUUGGUUUAUACAAACCACUGAGGUCACUCUCCCUAACCUGACCGCUAAAGAUAGUGCUCCUCAGCUAUCCCUUGUAGACCUAUCAGUUUGCAGAAGACAUUGCUGCCACAGAUGUUCAAUUCCAUAUUUCUAGUCAUCAGGGCUAGCAACAUGGCUUCUGUUGUAAACGAAAGCAGAGGAUUCUCAUGUAAAUCCAGUAGUAUUAGACUCCUGUUCACUUGUUUAAUUGAUUGGUUGGAUGGGAGGAUGUUUGAGUUGGAAGGUUUGAGUGUUUGCGAGGAAGUAACUAAAAUAUGCCUAAAAUAUCAUCUCGGCCCUUGUAUACCCAGCUGUGUUCUGCAGGAGAAGGCAUCUUGCCAAUACCAUUUCAUCAGGAGCUUGAUUCUACAUGAUGUAGAAAUUGGGCCUAUUAGCAUUUUGGCAGGGGGGAAUUGGAGCUUUUAAGUGUCUACCCUUUUGAAUGUCCUCCUGUUACCUAUUAUUAUUAUUAUUUUAUUUAUUACAUUUAUGCAGUGCUUUAUACAAAAAUACAAAAAUCAGCUUACAUGUCAGACAGGAGCUGUCUUUCCUAUCUUUUCAGCCUUCCUUUUCCCAACCAGCCAUUUAACUGGAGGUUUUUUAUCUCAGUCUGUUUCUGCUUAAAAUUGAGCUUGUGAUUCUGUUUACAUGUGCUUUUUACCAUUGAUAUUUUUGUUGCUUGGAGAUGUUUUGUGAAUAGUGGUUUAUAAAUGGAAUCACUUUUGCAUAGCUUAGCUGAAUAAAGGCUUUAAUUGUAGUAACACGUGGCUGUGAAGUAUUUCUACCAGGAAAUACUGCUAGAGCAGUUUCCCGUAAUCUUUCAUCUAGAAACCUGUCAUUUGCCCCUUCAACCCUUCCACCUUUGUAUCAAAAAGAGUAGGAGCAUAUUGAGCUCUUUUUCGAGGUGGGGAAUAUGCUACCUGGGGCCUAUAAUGCCACAGAGAAGGGCCACAAAAUAUCCUGUAAAGAAGGAAGCUAGAAUUCUCUCUAACUGUGCAUGCGGUAAUGAAUCACAGGAUAUGGGUUUGAGUGUGAAAUCCCUCAAUGGCCAUAUCUCUUUGUAUACAUUAGGUAGUAGGACUCAAGAGUGACCUUGUGUUUGGGGAAAUUGGUCGUCGCAUCAAAGAGCAUGGCAGUGAGCUGGUGAAGAAAGUAAAUGCCAUAUUUCAGUGGAACAUCACUAAGGACGGAAAGACUGCAGUGCAGUGGAGUAAGUCGCAAGUUUAAUUAAUUUACGGAAUGCCUUAUUGCGUCGUCUAAUGAAGUGAGAAACCUUAUGUGGUUCUAAGCCCUGCUAGAUGAAAGGAAGAUGGCAGCCAAGGAAGGUUUGCUUUCUAAUAAAGCGAAGGUAUAUUUUAUUACAGUAGGGCUCGUGGCAUCGAAGACAAGACUUUAGCAUCUUGUCAUCUUAGAGCUGGUGUGCAAUGAGGUUGCUAUGCAAAGAGUUGAAGUCCUAGUUCAGAUAUAUCACAAAAGGACACUAUUCCUCAGUAACAAUAUUUACACAGGGGAUCAUGCUGCAUAGAUUUGUUGCAAAAGUCACAGUGGUGAUGUGUGUAGUUUUGACAGUCAAAAGCACUAUACACAUUCUGAAAAUUCUCGUUUAUUUUCUUCCUCCUCCUCUCUUCUGUGGAUAAGGUUUUCCUUUUCAUAUUUGUCACUGUAAGACAUCGACUUAUUUCCCCGUUUGCAAGCAGACGUAAUCUACAAAGCAGUUGGACGUGGAAACAAUAGAUAAUACUUUCUGUUUUGAGUAAUACACAUCCAUGUCUACAGAAAUAUUCAUUUAAGGCUCCACUGGUCUUCAUCUCGGGUUUGGAAACCGAAUCCUGAGUAUUUAGAUCUGACUCAAUCCUAUAAUGUGCUGUUAACAAUGAAUUAGAUCUCAGUAGAUUGGAUUAAAUCCCAGUUCUCACAUUAUGCCUGCCCCUCCUGCAUGUGGGAGGAUCAUGCUAAUGCUUCUUUGGCCUGGCGGUGAAUAGCAUUUGAUGAUCAUUAUGUAAAUGCCCUCUUAUACUUUCUGUCGUCAUUAUCCUCUAUUCCGAUCACUCUGUUGUGCUAGGAUACAUAAUAUGCUAUCCCCAGUGGCAGCUGCGUUUUUAUGUAUGACUAUUCCACAUUCGUAUUUAUGUAUGGUGUUUGCUGUUGAUGCUAAAAGUGCCGUGAUGAAAAAACAAAGCACAUGAAACAUGCAUGCCUUGAAAGCCUCUGCUCUUCUGUGCCAAUGUCUUUCCUGAUCAUAGUGCAGAGCUAGUGUAUAUGUGUGUGUGUGUGUGUGUAUGGUUGAAUCAAUGAGUUUAAGUAAUUGACCUCUGUUGCAAAGCAGUGGUGGGGAACCUAUUCGUCUCCAUGGGUCAGAUGCUGAUCAGGAUCGGCCUCAUGGCCCAGAUGAGCGCAGCCACCCACUUCUCCAUCACGUGAUGUCAUUAUGACAUUAUGUGAUCGACAGGUGGGUGGCUUCCACCACCAUGCCAGCUAUGGGGAGUCCCGAGGCUUCUCCUGUUUGUGUGCAAGUUGGAGAAGCUUCAAGGCUCCCUCAGCUGGGGGGCAGGAUGCCUUCUGAGGCAGCAGAGCUGUUCAGCUGGGGGGGGGCAAGAGACCUCUUCCACCCCCCAGCUGAGCAGUUCAACGAAGCCCCGAUGCUCCUUGGCUCACAAUUGAGGCUGAGAUGCAUUGGGACUUGCUUGCCGUGUAGGGCUAGGUCAUGUUGGAACCUGCGUUCGACCGAGCUCCUCCGAGCUCCUCUGGAAUCGCCCUCUGACGAUAAUUAACGACCGGAGCCUCUGAUAAGGCUCCAAGCACGUUUCCAUUACGCAGAGAAUCAAAGCAGCAUGCGGAAGUGAUGAGAUUUAUGAGCUACAUGGCUAAAGAGUUUUAUUACUAAGCUACACAGACAGAAAAGAAAUACAUCCUCUCUCUGUGAGAGCAGAGAGCAACUGAAACAACAACAGGAAACCAGUAACGUCACAUCCGUCUCCCCUCUCCCGUCAGACUUCCAACAGUAUGGAAUGUCUGGAAUGCAAAACAGAGUCUUGUGACUCCAAAGCACUUCACAGUGGCAAACAGAAACUAACAGGUCGUGUAUCUUGGAAGAAGCAGCCAAGACAAAUUCCAGUCAUCGUGAUAUAUCAGCAUAUACUGGUUUUUGAGGUGUGUGUGUGUUUUUUUUUUUUUUAGGAAAUCCCUAAAAUUGUUUCCUAAAAACCCGCCUAAAAAUCCCCCCCCCCCGGGCAUCACUUCUCCCAAUAAUGUCUGGGAAAUCCCAAACGUAUGGCAGCCCUAACUAAACUAAAUAAUCAGAGGUGAGUUGUUGUGCUAAUGACAGCGGCAAUUUGCUUAGCUAUUUCCCCUGCUGGACUUCCAAGAUGAGACAUGAAUCCCAAACUCAUAAGGCAAGACUCACUGAUACCUACAAGCAGUGGGAGAGUUCUCUAAUCUUGAUGGUGGAGCAAGCCAUUUGUGUGGGGUAUCUCUAUCUCUCUAUCAUCUCUCUCUCUCUCUCUCUCUCUCUCUCACACUCACUCUCACUCUCCCCGCCCCCAGUCGCAAGAGCCCCAUGAAACUGUGUCAGAGGUUUUUGCCCAGUCCCAGCUCACUUGCCACCCAAAACACUUUCACAAGUUUUCCCUUGCCGGCAAGCAGGCCCUGGUUACGAGCAGAGGCUGGGUGAUUCGUGGAGCCUCAUUGUGGCUUUCACUGUGCAGUUAUCAAGAUAAGUGAGUCCCUGGCAAGUUAUAGUGCCGCGGACCCCUGGGUGUGUUCCGCAGACCCCCGGGGUCCCCAGACCCGUAAUUGGGAACCACUGCUUUAGUAUGUUCUUUAACUUGUGUUUUUUAUAUGUUAGUGAAUCCUAAGCAACACAGACAUUUAAUAUAAUAUUCCAAAUAAUACAAAAAACACAUCAACAAAAAUGCUGAUUAUCAGCCAUAAAUGAAAGAUACCAAGAUUAAUUUCAGUACAGAAACAAAAUCAUUAAAUUUCAAAUCUCCAUAUAAGGAUUUACUUGGUUGACCCAAAAGAAAAAUGAAUUUUGUCCAUAUAGCUAAGUCUCUCUCUCUCUCUCUCUAUAUAUAUAUACACACACAGAGGAAACUUGAGAGAAAGUAGUUGGUACAAAGUCUUCUAAAACUUUUGAAAAAUAUCAAAACUAAUCUUUAAGAAUAAUCAAGAAUACCUUUUUUGAACAUCUUCUAUGUCAGAGAGCCAUCAAAAGUAAAGAGCAUUGGGAAUUUCCUUCCCUUAACACUAAGAACGAAGCAGAAAGAUCCCUGUUUUCUUAUCUCUUUCCUUCCAUUUUCAAACCCGAAACCUCGUACGCUGAAGCCAUCUAGGUCAGCAACUCUCAUGGGGCAGUGGAAGAAGAAAACAGCUGCAGACUGUGGUUAUUCAGUGCUUCAUCGUAUAAGGAAGCACUGCUGGGCACAUUUAGGCUUGAUAUAAGCAACAUUCAGGCAUUCUGCUCAUGGGUGAAAACCCACAUGCAAGUAGGGGACAGGCAUGCGAAGCAGUUUCGCCACAUCUGCCAUCUUCCAUCUCAUGGAUGGUGAAGGUCUGAACCGUGGAACCUCUUGUGGAGACUCUGUAUGAUUUAGAACUCAGAUUAUUGUGUGGGGAAUGUCUCCCUGAGUAGAGGAAGUCUUGACCUCCAUGAGUUGAAAGGCGAGGGACAGGAGACGCUUGUUGCGCUCGUCCCCAUUCACCAUGCUGGCAAGUAGAUUUUAUUUGUGACCGUAACACUUGACUAGGGCUGCAGAUUGUUCUAUAUGCCUAACUUCCAGCCUGAGCUUCAGGUGAGUAUUCGUAUAGCAACCAUACAUUCCUGUUGCUCUUCCUUUUAUGUAGCCUUGGAUAUCCUCUUCAAAAAGCCUUGGAUAUCCUCUUUUGACGGACAAAUGGCAGCUUGUUGUUGUUCUUUAGUCGUUUAGUCGUGUCCGACUCUUCGUAACCCCAUGGACCAGAGCACGCCAGGCACUCCUGUCUUCCACUGCCUCCCGCAGUUUGGUCAAACUCAUGCUGGUAGCUUCGAGAACACUGUCCAACCAUCUCAUCCUCUGUUGUCCCCUUCUCCUUGUGCCCUCAAUAUUUCCCAACAUCAGGGUAUUCUCCAGGGAGUCUUCUUUUCUCAUGAGGUGGCCAACGUAUUGGAGCCUCAGCUUCAGGAUCUGUCCUUCCAGUGAGCACUCAGGGCUGAUUUCCUUAAGAAUGGAUAGGUUUGAUCUUCUUGCGUUCCAUGGGACUCUCAAGAGUCUCUUCCAGCACCAUAAUUCAAAAGCAUCAAUUCUUCAGCGAUCAGCCUUCUUUAUGGUCCAGCUCUCACUUCCAUACAUUACUACUGGGAAAACCAUAGCUUUAACUAUACAGACCUUUGUUGGCAAGGUGAUGUCUCUGCAGCUAGAUCUAUUUUAAUCUUGCCUUAUCGUUCAACCUGCUUUACCCCCUCCAAUCUGACUAGGUUCCAGUUAGGGCUGGGUGAUGUAUAGAUACACUGUCCAAAAUCAGUUUGACGUCCACGUUGUGGUAACGGUUUCAUCGUAUUCAACAUGGUCACAUAUUGCGAAUCAUGAUGUGUGUGCAUGCGCUAUGUAAAAAAUUGCGAUACGGGAAAAACUGUGAAGCUAGCCGUCGCUUCUUUCAUAAUUCCUGCCACCCUUUUGCUCUGUAAAAAUGUGUCUGUUUUAGAACCCUAAGCAGUAGCAGUUGCCAGGACAGUCCCCUGUUUGCUCCAUUUGCUACAUAGCUCCAUCCUUAUUUCAGACAUCAGUAUAUUUAGCUGGUGGCAUAUCACAGUGUUGCAAACCAGACACCGCUCAGCGCCAAUUCCAAUAUGUCUGGUGUUUUCCACUAGGAAGGGCAACAAUAAUAAUAAAAUCUCACAAGCUUUUUGUUAACAUUGAUGAUGUUGGACUUUGAUUCUCUUGGGAUCUGCUUUGAAACUUUGCUGCUAAAGGUUUGCAGCUAGGUUUUAGCCAGCGGUGCCUUUGCUUUGACGGCUGCCUUUGUUCUCUUGGCCCACCUGCUAGGCCUCUUCCCAUUGAUAAAUCCACGGGGCUGCUGUGUUGGCACUCCAUCUUUUGGCUUGUCGCUUCUCCCUUGGCCUUCUUCUCUGGUGUAAUCUGCCACGGCUGCUGUUGACAGCACUAGCAGCCUUCUGGACCCCUGCAGCUCAUAGCCGUUGUGGGUGACGGCCGAAUCUCUGGUGUCUUCAGCUGAUGUCCUUGGGCUGAAUGUCAGAGGAAUAAAUGACGAGAAGCAGCCCUUAAGGAAAUGAUUUGCGGUUCUGGUUGACACGGCCAAUAAUUUUAUUCUUCCCAAAUUCACAAGUGCCAAAAAAGCUUUUAUUGCUUUGUGCAAUUGACUAGAACCUCCUCCCUUGUAUCAUUCCAUAUCAUGCCAGCCUCUUCAUUUCGUUACCAUCCCUCAGCAGCUGGGACACGUGAACCGGAAUUAAUACUUGCGUUGGAAGUGGAAAUUCUUCAGCAUAAAUGCAGAAGAACAACAAUAAGAAUUCCUUUUAUACACUGCAUGGAAUGCAUUUGAGAUCUUAUCAAGACAAUUCAUUGUUUCCCUCCCCCAUUAACAACAACAACAACUUAUUUAUACCCUGCCCAUCUGGCUGGGUUUCUCCAGCCACUUUGGGUGGCUUUCAACAAAAGAUUAAAAAUACAUUAAAACAUCAGUCAUUAAAAACUUUCCUAAACAGGGCUGCCUUCAGAUGUCUUCUAAAUGUCGGAUAGUUGUUUAUUUCUUUGACAUCUGAUGGGAGGGUGUUCCACAGGGCGGGCGCCACUACCAAGAAGGCCCUCUGCUUGGUUUCCUGGAACUUUGCUUCUUGCAGUGAGGGAACUGCCAGAAGGCCCUCAGUGCUGGACCUCAGUGUCCGGGUUGAACAAUGGGGGUGGAGACGCUCCUUCACGUAUACUGGGCUGAGGCCGUUUAAAUCAGAGACUUAUUUCUCUAAUGGUAAACUGGUCUUUACCAAAAGGCCUCCUUCGUAGUAAUGAAAGCAAGACUAUUUAGCAUUUACAUUGUAUACCUCCAAAAUUUGUCCAAUUUAAACAGGGACGUCUUAGUCAACAACAGCAGCAACAACAACGAUGUUGAUGUUAUUUAUACCCUUCCUAUUUGACUGGGUUACUCCAGCCACUCUGGGCAUCUUCCAACAUAUAUAAAAACAUAGUAAGACAUUAAACAUUAAAAAAAACCCUUCACUAUACAGGGCUGCCUUCAGAUGUCUUCUAAAGGUUAUAUAGUUACUUAUCAAUCAGGGAUUGGUAACUCCAUACUCUCCAACAUAUCUCAAAUGACAACAGGGACACCCUAUCGUAUCCUCUAGCAUUUAUCCAUUGAAAAUAGGGACGUCCUAAGGAAAAGCAGGACAUUUCGGGAUCAAAUCAGAAACUGGAACGGCUUCUGUAAAUCUGGGAAAAUAGGGACACUUGGAGGGUCUGAUAUUGUGCUUUAGAUGUAUUCAAGGCACUGUGCAUGUCUACUCUGAAGUAAGUCCCAGUAAGACUUGCUUCCAGGUAAGUCUGUAUAUAGGAUUACAGCUUCAUUUGUACAACAGUCCUAUAUGGUUAGCUAAUGCUAUGUUAAUUUACAAAUGGCUGGCAGAGAGGAAAGUGACUCAGCUAGCGAGUUUUUGGGUGAAUUGAAAUUUGAACCAAGCAGUUAUCCAGUAUACCAUUAAAUGGUUUAUAUUGCAAACCUCCCUGUGAUGGUAUGGAAAUAAUAAUAAUAAUAAUAAUAAUAAUAAUAAUAAUAAUAAUAAUAAAUAAUGGAAGAUACUUGUUGUACCCUAUUUUUUCUCUGAAACAGCUGGCAAUGUUUCUCCAUAGGAACCAUUUCUGUGGAUAUCUUAUAUUAAGAAAAAAUAAUUCAUUUUUUUUAAAAAAUGAGUAUGGUGGUAUUGCAAUGUGGCAAUGUUCUCAUCUUCAGAAAGGAUUAUGUGAAAUCUUUUAAAGUGUUUUAUGCAAAGUUCAUCCUAAACUGGAGAAAGCUGUGGGGUUUUUGUAAAGGGGAAAAAAAUAAUUUUAUUGGAACCCAUCAGGUAAAUGCUGAAGUCUUCUGUAUUAAAAUUCCAUGUAAAACUGCUUCAGGGAUAUGGUAUGUUGCGUAGCAUAUAGACAACAUCUCACAAAGACAAUUCUUAGUACAAAUACAAGCACAACCUGUUCUUUGUGAAGCUGUUAUUCAUAGGACGACCUAGAAACAAAGAAUGCAGCUUCCAACUUGUUGUCUCCCCGAUGGUAAAAUUGCUUGGAUAUCAUAAUUAAAAAUGUCAGGUCCUUACAGGAGCAUUAGCUUGGCAAUGGUGUUGUUUUUAUACACUCUAGCAGGGGCAGGAGAGAAGAGAGCGGCUCUGGAAAUUUGCAAAAUGUGAAAACGAAUUGGCAGAGCAAAAUCUUGUCAUAACAUUCUCCAUUGCAAGCUACACGAUACCUGACAGCUUAUAUACCCUGUAGUAGAUCAUUUUGGCAGCGCAUUUUGUGCAGGAAAUAGGACUUUGGGAGAGCGGACAUUUUGAGAAAUUGUUGGUGUUCCGUAAAGAAAGGAGAGAUACUUGGCUAAGAUUUAAGAUAGUCUUGAAAUGGAACAUUAAAAAAGCACUAUAGUACAAAACAAAACAUCCUGCAUCGUAUCCUUGUGUGUGCGUUAGCUUAGAAGGGGGAGAAGCCUGUAUGCUGAAGGAAAGUAGGACACUGAUUUUUUAAAAAAAUAAGUUGGCCCGGAUAAUAGUUGGCCCUGAAAUGUAUCACAGAAAGAUUAAAUGUGAAUACUGCCUUCAUUUUUCUUUUCUUUUUUGCGAUAACUACUCUAGGGAAAAUCCGUACAGAAUAUGCUGCUGCCUUCAUACACUUAUAGGCAAUUUUGUGUUCCACUUGGUAACCUUUUUAGCAGGAUGCAGAGGAAAGAAUCCAGCAUAUUACUAUUGAACUUGGCGAUACUGAAGUACUUACUAUUAUCUUUACAGCUGUGACUUUUUCAAGCACAAGAGUUCGGUAAUAAGCGAUAUACGUCCUCUAUCUGAGCAGAUAACUUCCUGUACUGACAGAGAAAUUUAGUAUCUGUCUGUCUUCCUCUUCAUUUUCCAGGGAGAGACUGCUUGAGAGUACCAAUCAAAGAUUACAUCUUUCCUACUAACUGCAGCAGUAUAGUAUAGAAAGUGCUUGAGAGGGGAGAGAUGAACUGUAAAACCCAUUUUUAUACAGACAUUUAUUUAUUUAUAUUGUUAGAUCUAUCCUGCCCUUUCUCCUGUUACGGCCCAGGAUUCUGUACACAUAGCAUGGUAUUUAACUAAGUUUCACUCAAAGUAGACCUAUUGGGAGGAAUUCAGUGUUGUACCCAGCCAGGUGGGUGGCACAUAAAAUAAUAAUUAUAGCAGCAGCAGCAUCAUCAACAACAGAAAGCAACCACCACCACAACCACCACAACAAGAAAGAAUGGGAAAUUUUUAAAGUUAUUUAGGAGACCACUGUAAGCAGAUGAAAACAUUAGCAGGAUUCUAAUAACAUUUGUAAUGUAACAAGCACUAUGGAUAAUAUGGACAGAUGCAAAAUAUAGAUUAUGAAAUUAUAUGCAGCUGAAAAUGUUGACAAUAGGACCCAGAAGGGGGAUGGUGGGAAGUCUCGAGAUUCAGAGAAAUCUCUAUAUAUGGAUAUGCAUUUGGUGUUGUUAGAACUUUACAUUUGUAAAAUCCAAUAAAAACAAUUCCAAAAAACAACCACAACAAACUAUUACUAUUAUUGUUGUUGUUGUUGUUGCCUCUGUGCUGCUGGCUUUUGCUCAUACACCAGUUUAGUUAAAACCAUCUCCACAUCUUGUGGCAGUGAAUUCUAUUAGCCCACUCCAGAAAUUAAGCUCCAUAUGUUCGAAGAACAUUGGUGGAGGAGGUUGUGCGCAAUGGACACCCCACUUUCCUCACUGGCUCUACCCUCCAGACCUUCUGCACAUUGCCAGAAGGUCUGAAGGAGGAACCUAUACAUGUUCAGAUGAAUAGAUUGUGGAGUUUGGGACUCUGGGUCCCAUGGAGGAGCCUGUCACCUUCAGCUGAAUUCAAAGGUUCCCCCAUUUGCCUAACGCACUGAGGUCCUGGGGUGGAGCCAAUGGGCAGUUGUGACUCUGAGAGCAGGGCCAGCCCAGAGCCCACUUCCUUAAGUGAAGAAAUACUUCAUGUUGUAUGUUCUGAACCUGCUUCCAGUCAGGGAUUUCACUGCCUUCUCCAAGCAGCAGCAUCAUUCUGUGUGCCCCCACCCCCUUGGCACCGCAUCUCAAAUGGCCUGGGAAAUAAAUGUUUUGAGGCAACUGGCAGAGAUUCUGAGCCAACACUUUUCAGCAGAAGCAAUUUCCCCAGGUAAUUAGCUAUUAAAGCAUAUGUACAACCUCUUCACUCGGAUGCUUAAUGAGGGUAGGUUGCAGGAUACGGCGGAAAGCCGAACAGGUUGUCAUCUUGUGAGGGGGCUCAAAGGACCCGAGUGCCUGGGGAUAACGAGUUUCAUAAAUUGAGCCACUCUCCGUUGGAGCAUCCCCACAGCAGGUAACUCAAAUGACUGAACGGGAGGCACGUAAUUAGGUAGACUUCAUUACUUCUGUGUUAAUAAAUUAAAAUAAUUUAGGAACUUAUAUGGUUGGGAAUCUGGGUGUAGUGAUAAAAGAAAUGUUUGCUUUUGUCUUUUUUCUGCUUUGAUAAUGUUGAGCUCUGGUGUGUUUGUGUGUUUACUAGUUCAGACUAAUUAAAUUCAGGAAUUAAUCUCAUUGCUGUUAACCACUGUUGUCUUGUAUCUUUUAAGUUCCCAGUGUUCUGUAUGACUCUCUUCUUGAUAAAAAAAAGUUCUUAAGGGAGCAUGUAACAUUCAGUUUUUGCUUUUUCCAUUUUUUUUUUAAAAAAACUCUUAUCAAUUUCCCCCAGCCAUAGACUUAAAGAAUGGCUCUGGAGAAGUGUACCAGGGACCAGCCCGCGGGAAGGCUGAUACCAUUUUCAGCUUGUCGGAUGACGACUUCGUGGAUUUGGUGCUAGGCAAGAUCAACCCACAAAAGGUACAGAUGCAGAAUUCAUGUAUUAAAGGAAUGACUUUUAAUUUGCAGGUGCUUAAGAGAUGCUAAAGCAACAAGCCUAAACAAAGGAUGGCUAGGGCAGCAACAACUUCCCAUAUUAAGAAAAUACCUAAUUUGUUGGUCAUCUUGGACAUCUUGUUUCAGUCAUUACAAUGCUAUGUACAAUACCUGAAGGCUCACCUCUCCCCAUAUGAAGUGUCCUGGCCCCUGCAAUCUGUCAGGAGUUCAGCCUACACUUGAGUAGGACCCUGGCAGAGACACAUGCCCGCCUGGCAUGUUCUCUCCCUCCUGGUCAAUCGUUCGGGAGCUUCAUAAGCUUUCUUCAGCCCAAACAUCACAGCGACCGAUGCCAACCAACACCGGCACACUUAGGGAUCCGCAGAGUUUGCGCAACUUGUGUGACAGACCUCAGCAACUCAGCAUUUGGGCUAAUCUACUUUAUUUACAUGUAAACACACACGGAGCACUGCAACAUGGCUCCCUCUCUCUCUAGCAUCAGACAGCAAAGAGAAAAAGAACAAAGGACAACAGUCUCACUUCACAGAACACAGUAACACAAACAUACUGUUUCUGUCUCUUCCCAUUCUGUGGAGUCAAAACAUAGACCGUCAUGUGAAAGACAAAAAUCCCAUGACUGCAAUCAUGGAGCAGGAAUUCUAACACAUUCAUCAUCCGAGUCCCUUCUUCGUGUGCUUCCUCCACGUGAGGUCCAGAGGGUGGCAACACAAGAACAGCCCUUUUCUGUAGUGGCUCCCCAUUUGUGGGAUGGUGUUUAUCUGGUCUCUUCAUUAUAUAUUUUUAGGCGCCAGACAAAAGCAUUCCUCUUCAACCAGGCCUUUGGCGUGUCUGGAAUUUCCUGGCAUGUCUGGAAUUUUCCAGGCGUUAUGGCAAGCCUAGACAUGACAGAAUAGUGUGCACCAAGCCAUAACGCUUAGCUAUAAUAGUGUGGGUUUAUCAAUUUCAUUUUGUGCAUCCUAAAAGUGAUACUUUGCUGAGAAUUCACCUCUUCAUGUUCUGCACGCUGUAACGACUGGUUAUGUAUAGCCUAAGAAUUGAGCAUCAACGUUGCUGAAUUGAUGACUUAUUGUGCUAAUGUGCAGCAUUUCCUUUCUACCCAUGGUAACAUUUUGCAGUAGGCAAUACGAGACUUUGCAGUCUCAUAGCUCUACACUCCUAACUGUGGAAUGGUCCAGAUCUUCAAAAUCCCUAUUCAGAAUUAUUCUAUUCCUUUCCUUUAGUUCAAAGAAACAACAACUCCUGGUGAUUCAAUAGGUUUGACCCCAAUUGUCCACAGCAGAUGCCGCCCCCGUCCCCAGUUAAUUCCUCGUUGUCGCAUUCUCUUGUAACUGUUCUUUAAAAGUGCAACUCUGGAAGAGCAGAGACAGCCUCUUUAAUUGUUUCCCCCCCACUCUGCUUGCUGUAGGCAUUCAUCUCUGGUAAGCUGAAAGUUAAAGGAAACAUCAUGCUGAGCCAGAAGCUGGGGACGAUUCUUCAACAGUAUGCAAAGCUGUGAGUUCCCUGCUGGAUUGAGUUCGCCUGGGAAGAAAAAAAGGAGCCGUUUCCUUUUUCAGAUCAGCAACCUGAAACCUUUAUGCAAAUCCUGUCUUAGAUAACUUCUAAUAGACUUUAUUGCUAACUCGCAAGUUGCCUUGAUUCUUGCGGAUACAGAAAAUUGGUGUGGAUGUUGAUGGGUUUAACAUGAUCUUUCUUCUUUCUUCAAUGUUGCAAGCAUUUAUACCUUCCGUAGACCUUGUUCCUUGGAGCUACUUCCAAUUAAAACACAUUCAGUUAAUAUAUUUCUAUAUGAAAUUUAAACGUAAUUCAAUAAAACGUAACUUUGAUACC